AUGGCGCGGGCCUCUAGCUUUGCCCAGAAGUUUGUAAAGAGCCUGUCGACGUUGUGGAGCAAGCGCUCAAAUGUGCUCUGGAGUGACAUCGCAACUUGUUCUGUGUCAGGAGCUUGUGUGUCAGGAGUGUCCGCCAUUUUAAGUUUGACGGUUGCUGCUUAAUCUUGUCGCUUAAUGGCUUCUUGUAGCCGGCUUGUUGGUGCUGGGUAUGUCAGGAGGGGGACCGGGAUGACCCCCACCGGUCCAGAGGGGGGGGGGCAGCUUGGUGCUAUGUGCACUCCGCCGGGAAUAGGGCUCAGAGAGCGGCCGCCUCUCCUCUGCCCACGCUUGUGUAGGCCGCAAGCCUGAACGGCAGCGUUUCAGUGCCAAAACGGUUGGAUUUUGGUAUCACUGGAUGCACCGUCGUUCCCUUAUCUGGGAAGUCGUCGGUGGCUGGUCGGUUUGGCGAGUGGCCCCGGUAUUCCGUCGUUUAUCGAUCCCAGUCUGUGGAGCUCAGGCGAUGCGUGUCUGAUCAGCUCUGCAUCCAGGCUCCGCCCCCUUUAUUUUAUGUUUUAAAGAAAACUAGAUCAGAAAUAAAGAAAAGAACAGAUUAUGAGAGUGGGAAGAGGAAGAGGAAUCAAUAGGAGAAAGGUAAGGUCAGCAUGACAGUGCUGCUUUAAAUCACUUUUGGUUCUGUUUAUGUAGUCUAGCCACACCUCCCCUUGCUGUGACUGACACAGCUUGCAUGAAAACAAAAUGCUUUCAUUUUCAAUCAGAUCGUAACUUACCUUAAAAAUUUCUGUCUCCUUCUCUGUAAAUUGAACUUUAAUUAAAUACAGGAGGCUCAUGCAGGGUUUAGCAUUUUAGCCAUUAACAGGGCAGGAGAUAAGAAAAUCUAAAUGAAACAGUAUUUGCAAUACAGGAAGUGUAAACAUUAAAUGACUCUUUACAGGAAGUGUUUAGGAAGGCUGUGUAAGUCACAUGCACGGAAAUGUAACUAGGACUGCAUAAACAAAGUGAUUUAACUCCUAAAAUGCAGAGAAUUGAGGAGUGAGACCGCAGGGGCACGGUCUAUACAUCAAAACCACUUAAUCUAAAGUUGUUUUUUGUGACUAUAGUGUCCCUUUAAGCCAUUUGAAAUGCUUUAUAUUAUUCAGCUUUUCAUUUUCAAUAUUAUACGCAUGUUAAGAUCUUAAAUAGAGUGUCGGUAAUAAACAGUUAUUAUUUGUGACAGUUUCUUAACAUUAUUUUCUUUCUAAAAUAGUAUUGCUUACUAAAAAUCAUAAGUUCAUAUGGUUAACUGUUUUUUUGUUCCUCUAGGACGCUGGCUAUGAUAAAGCCUGAUGCUGUAAUGAAAAUGGGUUCAAUUAUUGAAGCUAUCUUCGAUACAGGAUUUAUAAUCACAAAAGCUAAAAUGGUUCAGCUCAAUCGGUAAGUAUCUGCCUGUAACAUGAAUUAAUUUAUAAUAACUGCUCGUGUUUAUUAAGGGAAAUGGAAUGUCAGAGUUAAUGGUCCUGAAAAAAGAUCAAGGACAAAAAUAUUGGAGAUUGAUGCCAAAUCAGCACAAAAAGGAAGCAUAAUAUUUAUGAGUAUUGUGGGAAAAAUUAGGAUACUGAAAAUGACUUGCUCAUUUCAUCAUAUAAAUCACUAUACAUAUUAUGUCACCUACAAAAGUAUAUUAAGGCCAGAAUUUUUGUCACACCAACUAUAUGUGAGAAAAAAAAUGUAUAUUUACUUUUACACUAACAUUUAGAUCCUGAGUGAAAUAUUGCAAUAUAAAGGACACUGUAUACUGUCAAAAGCUUUUCAUUUCCCAAAUAUUUUAAUAAUAUUUAAUUUUUAAUUUAAUAUAUUUUACGUUUUUGUCUGUAAAGCAAUCUAUACACUAAAAUCACUAAAAUUAUGUUAUGAUGUGUUGAUAUGCUAGCUAUGAAUCCCUUGCUUCAAAUAAAUGGUAUACUAAUAUUUUUUUCAAUCGAAAAGUGCUCAGUAGUGAAGGGGCUAGACUAAAAUUACUUCCAUACCUGUCAAGAUAAUCUCUAAAGCUUUAAAAUCAGGCCAAUUAUAUGACGUUUAUUUGUGGUAGCUGCCGUUAUUCGCAGUUUUCCUGUAAACUGCACUUAUUCCAAUUGUGUGUGUGUGUGUGUGUAUGUCUGUCACUAUUUCUCAGCUUCUAGGAAGAGUUCCCCCGAUUUAGUUUUUCAAGCUUCCCCGAACCCAAAGUGUUUUUCCUCCAUUCGGUGUUUGCAACCUACCGAACACCAACCACCCCCCUGGCUCGUUAACUAGAAAGUAACCACAAAUUUUUAAGUGCUCUCUCUAGUUGGCCGCCAUUCGUAUAACCGAAUGACACAUGCUCUGGAAAACGGCAGCCAUCUUGUCUCCCGAAUGCGGGCAGCGGUACUUGGUCGCCGAGCGUCUGGAACUGUUUUGGGCAUGGAACCAUGUGUGCGGCUGGUCAAACCUUUACCCGGUGGCGAUUCGGCUAGAACCCAUGGAUUUGGGCGCUCCGGUUCAGGCUGUCCUUGGAUAUUAUACUUGUGAGGGUUCCUAUCGAUAGUAUGUGUACUUUGGGGUGUUUUAAAAAAAAUAUUCUGUACUCAUAAUGCGGGGCCCGACAAAUCCCAGAUGCCAGGUCGCCCUGGCAACUAAGAAUUUUGCCCUGGCGUCUAGGAUUGGUUGGCCCAUUCCCUCCUUCCUCCCACAGGGGAAUUGCAAGCUGGAAGGGCAGCAUAUAGACUGCCAGCCAGUCAGUGUGUGCCUGUCUGUCAGGGUGUGUAUGUCUGCCUAUGAGUGUGUGCGUUUAGGUCAUCAGCCCCCUCCUAACGCAUGGGAAUGGUGUUCUCACUCACCUUUUUUUUCCAACGCUAUGCCGGUCCCGCUGCAGCUGGCAAGCCUCCAUAGCUGAAAUUAUCAAUUACCAAUCAGCAUCUCCUCAUAGAGAUGCAAUAAAUCAGUGCAUCUCUAUUGGGAAUGUUCAGCGCCUCCGUGCAGAGACGCUGAAUGUAGGUGCUGCUGCACACACUGAGAUAGGAGACACUUUAGUGGCCGUUUGAUUGACGGCCACUAGAGGUGUUACUAGGCCGCAAUGUAAACACUGCCUUUUCUCUGAAAAGUCAGAGUUUACUUUGAAAAGUCUGCAGGGACAAUCUAUAGAAAUCAGACCACUUUAUUAAGCUGUAGUAGUUAUGACGACUAUAGUGUUCCUUUAAGAAUUUUUGUCGUUGGAAAAAAAAUGGCUCCUAACCUUUUUAGCUGGUUUCUAGAUUGAAAGCAAAUUUGUCAAGCCCUGCUCUAGUGCCUGGGAGAUAAUUAGUUUAAGCUAAAGCAAACUCCCUUAUCUCCCAGACACAGAGACGGCUUGGCGGGCUUACCAUUGUAAUGAAUAGAGACCCCAUGUUGGCCCUAUAAACAGGCCACUUGGCCCUAAUAAAACAGUUCAUCUUGUACCCUUCAUCAAGUCUCGGCCGAUGUUUGGGUAUACCAGAGUUAUAAUCACUGCUUCGCUCUGGGACCUUAGGGACUCUUCAACGGAUAUACUCAGUUGGAGUAUAGGGGAUCCGUUACAAUAUAUAUAUAUAUAUAUAUCUAUAUCAUUUAAACAGAAAAAUGUUAUACCUUACAGUGUAGUUUUAGUUUAGUGUGUGCAUUUGGGGGGUGCGGUGUGUGUAGUGGUGUAGUGUGUGUGUGUUUGAGGGGUGCAGUGUGUGUAGUCUGUGAAGUGUCUCUUGUCCUCUCGUGAUGUCAGCAAUUUUUUGGAGCAUUCCAUGGUUAUACGUCGCAACACUUCAAACUGCCUGCUCGUGGGAGGAACAUACAGCCUCCUGGGUCCUCCCUUCCUCUGCUUCAGUGAAGUGCCAAGAGGAUACUGCAUACACACAGUUACACACUGCUAAAUAAACACACACAAUACUACACACAGAAAUACACUGCUAGAAACACAUGCUGCUAUACUGGCACAUGGCACACAUACCACAGGUUGCAAACCCCUGGCCUAGCAUUUUCCAUAGUAAUGCACAGAAGGCAUUACUGUGAUUCAAACACUUCUAAAUAGUGUUUAUAUACCUCCUACAGCACCGGUAAGCUGUCUGUUUAACCUUGUAUAAAACAUAUGAAAAAUAUAUUGUAUGAUGUGCGGAGUGCAUAAAUGUCACAGAAUAUAGCAUAAGGAAGACCUAAAAUAUUAUGGAAGUGGGAUUAGGGAUAGAUAAAAUAAAAAAAUAAAGCCCAAGGUCCAGAUGGAGUUUCUGGAAUAUUUUAUAAAACUAUGAAAGUUGAUCUAUGUAAACACUUUGCAAAACUAUUUAAUUUCUUCUCAGAAAUAAGCGAAAUAUUAGCAGAAUUACUUCAAGCAAAUAUAAUACCUAUACUGAAAAGCAAUAAAGAUCCAUCUCAGAUUGAAAAUUAUCGUCUCAUCUCACUGAUCAAUGGUGAUAUAAAAAUAUAUUCAGCUAUUAUAACUGACAGACUAAAACCUAUAAUCCCAACCCUAAUCCAUACUGAGAAAACAGGCUUCGUAGCUGUUUGAUAUCCUUCUGAUAAUAUCCGUAGAAUAGCAGAUCUGAUUGACCUAUCCAAUAGAAUGAUUGAACAGACUAUUUUAUUAUAACUCUAUGCGAAUAAAGCUUUCGAUCGAGUUAGUUGGAACUUUAUGUUCCAAACAUUAAUCAAGAGGCGUUUCAAAGGCUGGAUCUACAGGCAAUGUUUGCUCUUUAAACCAAUCCCUCAGCUAGGAUAUUAGUUUCGGGUAUUACUUCUCCUUGGUUUAAGGUUCGAAAUGGGACUAGGCAGGACUGCCCCCUCUCUCCUAUGCUAUACAUUCUUACUCUGGAGCCUCUUUCACAAUAUAUCAGAAUUAAUAAAAAUAUUAAAGGAAUCCAAUUCGGCUACAAAGAGGAAAAAUUAAGUCUGCCGACUAUGUCAUAAUGACAUUAACAGAUCCCCACAACUCGAUAUAUUCUCUACUUAAAGAACUAGUAAUAUUCGGAAAUAUGUCAAACUAUAAGCUCAAUACAUCUAAAUCAACUAUUAUGAGCUUAAAUUUAGACAUGGAAAUCAAAGAUAGACUAAAGGAAGAAUAUACCUUUAAGUGGGCCACAGAUAGCAUUGAGUAUCCAAGCAUAAUUAUCACCUCUCACCCAAAAAAAUUUAAUAAAGGCCAAUUGGGAGGCACUGUAAAAAUCAGACCUUUAGAAUGCUUAAUGACUGGAAGCCUCUGGGACUUUCAUGGCUGGGACGAAUUAACAUUAUAAAAUCUUAUGUGCUUCCAAUCUGGAAUUACCUAUUUGUGGCUCUCUCCACAUGUUUACAUAGACACAUAGAGAUUUCUUUCUGACUAUAUAUCGAAUGGUUAAACGCCAAGAAUAAAGAGAAAGAUAGAGAAAAGUAUAGAUAAAGGAGGGUUAGCAACCCCUAAUGUUAAAAAGUAUCACAACGCCACUAUUCUUAAGCAUAUUUUUAAAUGGUUCAAAAUAGAAUCCAAAGAUUCUCGGGAGGAUAUUGAAAAAUCCAUGUUGGAAAUAUCGGAUCUCUCCCUUCUUCUGUGGAUUGAUCCUAAAAGAUUGGGUAUAGAUAGGAUUGCAGUAAAUAAUGGUGGUAAAAAUAGCCUUAGCUAUCAAAUUCUAAAAUCCUGGUCUAAAUUCAAAAUAGAACACAAUUUGUCAUGGGAGAAUAUUAUUUGAUGUAAGGGCAAUAUUAGCCUCCUAGAAUAUAAUAUGGAGGAAAUGAAUCUAUGUACUUGGAAAGAGAACAGUAUAAACUUUUUUAGUGAUAUUUUAAAUGGUUCCUACAUAAAAAUCUCUCCAAGAAUUAGUAUUCAAAUUCCAUAUUCCCUCAAAAGAAGUCUUCCACUAUCUUAGAAUUAAAAGCUAUUUGCGAAAACAUAUAUGUAAGAAAGACAACUAAAUUAAGGGAUUGGAUUUGUUUAUUAAAAUAUGGAGACGAUGUUAGUACCCUGAUGAAAAGUACCCUUUUUGAUUACGAAGAUCCAUCUAUAAUAGAUCCAGUUACAAAUAUAAUAAAUAAAUGGGAAAGUGAUCUUGAAAUAAAAAUCAGAAUUUUUGAUUGGUAUACGAUUAUACCAGAAGCUAAGAAAUUCAUACACUGCCUCAAUCUUAUAGAGUUACAAUAUAAGAUAUUAACCAGAUGGUAUCUAGUUCCAAAGAAAAUCAAUAAGAUGUUCCCUACAUAUUCCAUUCUCUGCUAGCACUGUAACCAUGCAGGAUGUUCUUAUACUCAUAUCCGGUGGAACUGUCAGAAAUUAACAUAUAACAUUUUAGAGAAUGUCUCGGGUAUUCCCGUGUUUUUCUCUCCCCAAACAGCUUUAUUACAUCUUGAAUGGCCCAAAUUGUCUCUGAAAGAUAGAUAUGUAACAACUCAUAUUUUGAUAGCAGCGAAAAAAAGCAUUGUAAAACUUUGGAAGCAGAGUGAUUCUCCAACGUGGGGAAUAUUAAAAAAAUCAAAUCUCCUUUCAAUUAAAGAUGGAGACGGAGUCCUCGCCUAUAACUAAAUAUGGAUGGAAUAUAUGGAACAAUUAUAUCCAAGAAGUAUAAGUAUAACCCUUCAGGCUUUAUAUUUAAGUCUAGAAAUAAAAUCUUGGGAAUUCCCUGAAUUCAUCCAUAUUUUGUCUCCUCUCAUGUUUUUGGACCCCCCCCCCUUUCUCCACUCUAAGAUCUCGCUUUAAAAACUUCAAAAUAUAAACUAUGGUUUAUAUGUAUGGCAUUUAUUAUGACGUUUUGUAUUUCUUAUUUGUAAUAUUGAAGAAAAAAAAAAGUUUCUUAUACUUUUGACUAGAGACCAUCAUUUUUUGUUUUGUUUUGAAUGCUUGUUAAUGUCUCAGAAAUGAUUGAUUUUUAAAGUAGAUAUACCAAUAUUUGACUUGGACAAUAAUAGCACUGAGACUGUCAGGGGGAUAUGGAUGUCAAAUAUUGUAUUCUUGAUGAUAUGUAAUUGUUCAUUUUUGUAUAUCUAAAAAGCUAAUAAAUAAUAAAAAAUUUUGGACUCUAAUUUUGAAAGCAUAUAUUGAAUCAUGCUAUUUUGGGGUCAAGAAGGAAUUUUUUCCUAGUUUAUUGCAAAAUUGGAAGUGCUUCAGACUGGGUUUUUUGCCUUCUUUUGGAUCAACAGCAAAAACAUAUGUGAGGAAGGCUGAACUUGAUGGACGCAAGUCUCUUUUCAGCUAUGUAACUAUGUAAAUAUAUUGAAACCAUUGAAUCAAAUGGAAAAUGACUUCAGAUACUAUAAAUCCAUAAACUACUAAUUUUAUGUAAAAACAAACAUAGGAUAUAUAUGGUAUCUGUAGCCCUAGAAUAAUUUCGCCUGAUUAGCUUUCUCAAUUGGUAAAUUACAUUCUGCGUCCCCCAUUCUUUUAACUGCAUUUAUUCAGGUAAAAUUGUACAUCAUUUUAAUUUGUGAUUAGUGCCUUGAUUUUUUUUUUAAUUAGGAUCUCAUUUGUUCUCUUACACUUCUGUUAUUUUAUUUCCAUAUUCAUGUUUUUGAUAUAAUUAUUAUUUCAUGCUUUUUUGCUGUUCCUAAAAAAUAGGAUGAGCACUGGUCUAACAAAUACUUUCUAGAUGUAUUUUCUUGGAAAUGUUUAGUAUGGAUUCUGUUCUAAAUAAUAUACCCAUCCAAUUUUAUUGCAAAAAUUAAAUAAUGUAUUUGCCAACAGUUCUAUGUAGCCAGUUGAUGUAACCAGUUGAUGUAGCUGUCUCAAUUUUGGACCUAGUCCACCAUCCUGAGUUCUUUUUUUUUUUAUGUUUUGCGUGUGGCUAUGCCAGUUAAAUGUGUAGCUUUAUAUAUGUUUAAAGAAACACUCCAAAUACCUAAAGCAUUUUAUGUUGCUUUAUGUGUAAAAAGUGUGUCCUCUUUCUUUCAUUUUGCAAACAGUCCAGAUUUCAAUAGAAAUUGUCACUUUUAUAAUUAACCUUUCCAACAUUUAAAAUGGACAAAGAACACACUAAUUUUAGGGGUGUGAGUGGGGGUGUAGCAAGAGGUGGGGCUGCCUUAGCAAUAAUACCGGUAAUUUAUGCAACCAAAAUGUAAUUUAGAACUAGAAUAGUGUAUCUUAUUUAUACAGGCUGAUUUCUAAACACAUUUAUUGUAGUUUAACCCCUUAAAGGGACACUAUAGUCACCAGAACAACUAAAGCUUAUUGUUCUGGUGAGUAGAAUCAUUACCUUCAGGCUUUUUGCUGUAAACACUGUCUUUUCAGGGAAAAUGCAGUGUUUACAUUACAACCUAGUGAUAACUUCACUGGCCACUCCUCAGAUAGCUGUAAGACAUCCUUCCUGGGUCCUGGCUGCGUAAAAUGCAUCCAAACAUUCAGGAUCUCCUCCCACUGAACUUUCCUCAUAGAGAUUCAUUGAUUCAAUUCAUCUCUAUGAUGAGAUGCUGAUUUGCCAGGGCUGUGUUUGAAUUGUACUGGCUCUGCCUUCUUGUCAGUCUCAGCCAAUCCUAUGGGGAAGCAUUGUGAUUGGAUCAGGCCACCACUUCUGAUGAUGUCAGAGGAAGUUCACAGGCAGAGGCAGCAGCUUUAGUAAUACAAGUAAGAUUGUACUAUCUUUAGGGGGGCAAAGGGGACCAAGGGGCUAGAUAGUGGGUUUUAACACUAUAUAUGAUCAGGAAUACAUGUUUAUGUUCCUGACCCCAUAGUGCUCAUUUAAGGAAUGAGCUAAAUGUACACGUUUUGAUCAAAAUAAAUGUAAGCAAAAUUUGGAAUUUGACUAUACAUCUGUUCAACCAUAAUUCACCUUUUUCAUAUUAAGUGCACACACAUUUAUUAUAUAUCAUUUUAUUCAGGAGAAAUAGGGCUUUCAUUUAACAUCAAUAUUAGCUAUGAAACAUAAUUUAAUAUGAAUAAAAUAUAAAAAAAAAGUAAGAUUAAGACACUUUAUUUUUUUUUGUUCUGCAUGACAUUUUAACUUUCAAUGUCAUAAUACUGUUUGCUUUUACUGCAAUAAAAUACACAUAUUUGUAUUCAGCGAUGUCUCACAUGUAAAACAGUACCCCCUAUGUACAGGUUUUAUGGUGUUUUGGGAUGUUACAGGGUCAAAUACAGCAUGUUAAAUUUGUAUUAGUUUUUUCACAUUGAAAUUUGCCAGAUUGGUUACGUUGCCUUUGAGACCGUAUAGUAGCCCAGGAAUGAGAAUUACCCACAUGAUGGCAUACCAUUUGCAAUAGUAGACACCCCAAGGUAUUGCAAAUGGGGUAUGUCCAGUCUUUUUUAGUAGCCACUUAGUCACAAACACUGGCCAAAGUUUGCGUUAAUAUUUGUUUGUGUGUGAAAAAUGCAAAAAACUAAUUUGAAUGCCAAUUUUGGCCAGUGUUUGUGACUAAGUGGCUACUAAAAAAAGGCUGGACAUACGCCAUUUACAAUACCUAGGGUUGUCUACUAUUGCAAAUGGUAUGCCAUCAUGGGGGUAAUUCUCAUUCCUGGGCUACUAUACGGUCUCAAAGGCAACGUAACCAAUCUAGCGAAUUUCAAUGUGAAAAAACUGAAACACAAGCCAUAAAACGUAUCACAAAAAUUAUAUCGUCCGUGUAAGUGCCGUUUUUGUGUGAAAAAUGCAAAAAAGUCACUUUCACUAAUGAUAUCAUCGUUGUAAUACAUUUUACAGUUUUGAAACACUAAUAUUUGUGUUCAGCAGAGACUCCCAAGUAAAACAGUACCCCCAGGUACAGGUUUUAUGGUGUCUUGGAAAGUUACAGGGUUAAAUAUAGUGCUAACAAAUUAAAUUCUCUAAACUUUCUGCCUGGGUUAUCAGGCAGGUCCUGCAAAUGGUAAUUAAUAAAAUGACUUAAUUAUGUAAAAAUAUUACAUAAAUAUAUAUGUAGAAUUAAAAUUUAUAUAUAUGUAUAUAAUUAAAUUUUUUAAAAUUGUUAUAUAUAUAUAUAUAUAUAUAUAUAUAUAUAUAUAUAUAACAAUUUUAUAUAUAUAGGUAUAUAUAGUAUAUAUACAAGUGUAGUGGCACUCACCCUUUCAAUAGAUGUGUAGAAAAAUGCCUCAGUGCAAUCCCACGCUGGAUAUGUACAACAAUUGAAGAAGAGAUGCACUCACAGGUCUUGUAAAAAAUCACUAUUAUUUAUUAUCAAAACAACAUAAAUUUGAUUGACGUUUCUUGAGAAAGACUUGAAGAGGUCGAAACAUCGAUCUUAAGAAAGACCUGAAGAGGUCGAAACGUCGAUCGAAUUUAUGUUGUUUUGAUAAUAAAUAAUAGUGAUUUUUUACAAGACCUGUGAGUGCAUCUCUUCUUCAAUUGUUGUAGGUAUAUAUAGUGAUAUAUACAUAUAUAUUUAUGCAUAUAUAUAUAUAUAUAUUAUUUUGUUCUAAGUGUAUUUUGAUAUCAAUCUAUAUAUAUAUAUAUAUAUAUAUAUAGUGUAAAUAUAUAGUGUGUGUAUAUAUAUAGGGAUUUUUAAAAAAAUAUAUAUUUUUUUAAGUAUUUGUGAAGUGCAGUGUCCUUUUAAUAUCGCUUAGGUACUCUAAGUGAAUUCUCAGUAUUGGCAAUUUCAGAACACUUUCAACCAUAUGUAAGUGCAUUGGGAGUGCUCUGUGAAAUGGUAUCUCUGCGUAGCGGGGCAGUUUGUUGUUAUGGCAUGCAUGCACCUAUAGAAGCCUUGCUUUGUUUACAUCAGGCCAUAUUACCAGCAAAGCUUAUUGCUUCACUGGAACACCAUACUCGUCCCUACUCUGAUCCCAGCCUCGUACUUGACAAAGGUGUUGUUUAUGAAGUAAUAUAUGCAUUUCUUUUUUUUUAAAUUAGAUAUUUUAUUCUCUUGUCACACUUUUGCGUGUAACUGUAAAUUAGAAAUUGUAUUUGUUACAUCAAUUCUAAUUCUUUAUCUUAUUUUGCACGCUAUUAAAAACGAUGAUGUAUUUUUUCAAAAUGUUGUAUUGAUUAUUUUGCUUUUACUCCAAUACAACCCAUAGUUUAACCCCUUAAGGACCGGAUUGUUUUUGCGAUGUUGUACAUUUGCAACCAGGCCUUUGUUUACACUUUUGUGGUGUUUGUGUUUAGCUGUAAUUUUCCGCUCUCUCAUUUACUGUUCUCAUACAAAUUAUAUAAUUUUUUUUUCACGACAAAAAGGGCUUUUUUUACAUACCAUUAUUUAUAUAAUCUCAUGUAAUUUAAUUUUUAAAAAAAUGAUGAAAAAUUGAAAAAAAUACAUGUUUUUUUACUUUUACUUGAAAAAUAUUUUAUUCAUCUACAAAAGCUAAUGGAAAAAACUGCUAAAUAAAUUCAAAAUUUUGUCCUGAGUUUAAAAAUACCCAGUGUUUACAUGCUUUUUUGCAAGUUAUAGGGCUAUAGGUACAAGUAGGAUAUUGCGGUUUCAAAACAUACAUUUUUUAAACUUAUCAGUAGUGACACUGUAACACUAUUAUCUUUCAUAAAUCUCUGAAUAACACCCCAAAUGUACAUUUUUUUUUUUAAAGUAGACAACUCAGAGUAUUCAGUGUGGGGUAUGUCCAGUCUUUUUUAGUAGCCACUUAGUCACUGGCCAAAGUUAGCAUUCAUAUUUGUUUGUGUGUGAAAAAAGUAAAAAACUAAAUUGAACGCUAAUUUUGGCCAGUGUUUGUGACUAAGUGGCUAAAAAGACUUAAUAUGCCCCAUUUGCAAUACUUUGGGUUGUCUUGUUUUGUAAAUGGUAUGCCAUCAUGUGGGUAAUUCUCAUUCCUGGGCUACCAUGCGCUCUCAAAGGCAACGUAACCAACCUGGCAAUUUUCAAUGUAAAAAUAUUUGACCCAUAUAUUUGACCCUGUAACUUUCAAAAACACUGUAAAACCUGUACAUGGGGGGUACUGUUAUACUCGGGAGACUUUGCUGAACACAAAUAUUAGUGUUUCAAAAUAGGAAAGCGUAUCACAACAAUUAUAUCAUCAGUAUAAGUGCUGUUUGUGUGUGAAAAAUGCAAAAAAAAGUCACUUUCACUGACAAUAUCAUCGCUGUGAUAUGUUUUACUGUUUUGAAUCACUAAUUUUUGUAUUCAGUGAAGUCUCACGAGUAAAACAGUACACUACAGGUUUUAGGGUGUCAUAGAAAGUUACAGGGUAAAAUACAGUGCUAGCAAAUUACAUUCUCUGGACUUUCGGCCUGGGUUGUCAGGCAGGUCCCUCAAAUUGCAAUCAAUAAAAUUACUUAAUUAUGUAAAAAUAUUACAUAAAUACGCACGUAGAAUUUAAAUAUAUCUGCAUACUUAUAUAUUUGAAGUCUACAUGUAUAUUUAUAUAAUUAUUUAUGUAAUUUUGUAUAUAUGGACAUAUGUAUAUUUCAUAUUUUUAUUUAUUUAUAUAUACAUAGAUAUAUAUACAAUUUCAUUCUAAGUGUAUUUUGAUAUAAAUAUAUAUUAAUAUCAAAAUACAGUUAGAAUAAAAUUUCAUAUAUAUAUAUUUAAAUUUUUGUAUUUUUUAAUUUAAUUUACUUAUUAUUUGUGUUUUAUAAUAUAUAUACACACAUUAUAUAUAGUUAUUAUAUAUAUAUAUAUAUAUAUAUAUAUAUACGUGUGGACUUUAAUUAUAAGUGUAUUUUUAUAUUAAUAUAUGUAUAUAUUAAUAUAAAAAUACUUAGUAUGACAUAUAUAUAUAUGAUAUAUAUAUAGACAUAUUAUAUAGAUAUAAUAUAUAUAUAUAUAUAUAUAUAUAUAUAUAUACACACACACAUAUAUAUAAUUCUAUUUAUUUAUUAAAAAUUUUUUUUACACUAGCAGGGAGACUGACAGUCAGCCCAGACAGUCCCCCUGCAGGCAGACACUAGGACACCUAUUGUGACCAUGUGACCGCUCUAUUGAGCGAUCACAUGGCUCCAGGGGUCCUACUCUGCCAUGGGGAGACUGUCUGGGCUGCAGGCAGUCUCUCCACACCAGGAGCACUGCCGAUCGCCGCUGGGGGAACGACGGCGAUCAGGUAAGUACAUCUGACCGUUGUGACGGUUCAGGACCGUCAUCGUUCGGCAGUGCAAAAUUGCAGAUGACGGUCCUGAACCGUCACCGGUCCAUAACGGGUUAAAGGGACACUAUAGUCACCCAGACCAGUUCAGCUCAAUGAAGUGGUCUGGGUGCCAGGUCCCCCAGGUUUUAACCCUGCAGAUGCAAGCAUUGCAGUUUCAGAGAAAAAUGCUUUCCUAUUGACAGUUAGAAUGCACGCGCAGCUCUUGCCUCGCAUGUGCAUUCGAAUCUGUUGACGUCGGCGGGGGAGGAGAGGUCACCAGCGUUGAGGAAGCCCGGCGCUGGAUUAAGGUAAGAAACUGAAGCGAUUUUAACCCCUUCAGCGCCACGGGAGGGGGACCCUGAGGAUGGGGGCACCCUUAGGGCACUAUAGUGUCAGGAAAACCACUUUGUUUUCCUGACACUGUAGUGAUCCUUAAAAAACAAAAACAACAACAUGAGUCUUUAAAUUUGAAAAUGUAAAAACAAAGAAAACCCAAGCACACAUGGCCUUCCACGUAAAUGUCAAUGUCUUUCUUCUAGUUAAAUCAACAUUGAAAUGGCCUCAGACUUGGUUACUUUUUAUGUCAUUUAGUUUUAUUAGCAAAUACUCAUUCCUUUGUGAUCUCUAUCUCCUACCCAUUAUUUCCCUGCUGCCUGAAACUGGUAUCAAACCGGUGUCUGCUCAAACAAGCUGAGGACAACCUAGUAAACUUUAUAAAUGCUUUAUAGGAACAAAUAUUGCUUUCUUCAAAUCAAAAAACAUUCUAUCUUGAUACAACAGGAGUGCUUUCUUUCCCCCCUCAUUUAUGCAAUUAGUUUCCUUUUAUUCUUUUUAUAUUUUAUUAUUAGAUAAUCUUGUUAAGUACAUUUAUUAAGUAUAUUUGAACAAAAUUUGGAAACUCUAUUCUAUAAAAAAAUCAUAUAGUUCUAGAAAUGGAAAGGUGAAAGCGAUGCAUUUCUGGAGCAAGGUGCUAAUUAUUGAGAAACAUGUAUUUCUACUAAAAAGUGAGUUGCCUUGAAUUGACCUUCAACUUGCAAAAUGUGGAUCUAAAUAAUAUAUCUGGAAAGCAUUUAUUUUGCAUAAGUUGUAAGUAGUUUUUCAAAUCAUUCUAGAUAUUUCAUGUUAUAUUAAUCAGAUUUUUAUCAUCUUCUUUAUUACAGAAUGGAAGCAAUGGACUUUUACAGUGAGCACCAAUCUAAAUCAUUUUUUACGUAAGUAGUGCUGUUAAACAGGAAACCAUCACUUCUCUGGGAAAAAAAACACCAUUACAGGGAUUCUCUAGUGCCAGGAAAACAAAUCCGUUUUCCUGGCACUUGAGAAUCCUAGAGUGCCCCCUCCCUCCCGCCCAUCCCACCUUAAAACCCCUUAAGACACUUACCUGAAUCCAGCGCCGAUAUCCCUCGACGUUGGGUCAGGCUCCGCCCACACUCCUCCCCCGGAGACCUAAUGCGCAUGUGCAGCAAUGGCCACGCGCAUUAGACUUCCCCAUAGGAAAGCAUUAUUUAGUGCUUUCGUAUGGGGAUUCCGGUGACGCUGGAAGUCCUUAUGCAUAGCGUGAGGACGUUCAGCGUCAUUUAAAGUCAUUUAAAAGUCAUCUAAGAACCCAGAAGUCACUCUUGUGGCUUUCUGGUAAGUGGCCACUAGAGGAGGACUUAACCCUGCAAGGUAAUUAUUGCAGUUUAUAAAAACAGCAAUAAAUACACUUGCAGGGUUAAGGGUGGUGGAAGUUGGCACCCAGACCACGUCAAUGAGUUAAAUAAAACAUUGAAAAUCACCUGUAACUUGUGUUAACAUUCUUUGUGUGAUGCUCUGUUUUCACGUGACAUCAGAAUCCAGUCCAUUCCAGGCACAAGCAGAGCACAUGUGGCAAUCGAUGAGAACUAAAAACAUUGUUUAAUUUCUUCUUUGUUCUGUGGGUUUUCUCUAUGAUACCCUUCUGGUGCAAAUGACUUGUAACGGUUAUUGACAGGCAACUAGAUGGAGGCACGGAGGACCCAGUUGUGGGAUAAAGAAUGGUGGAUUGCUACAUUUAAUUUUUUCUCACCAAUACAUAUUUGUUAAACAAUGGGGAUAAGUAAACAUAGAAUUAGAAGUCCUGAGAAAUAACCUGUGGAGUAUUUCUAGUGACUCCAAUUACACCAUAUAUGUGCAAAAAAUCAUUUUAUAGAGCAUUGUGCAAAGAAAUUUUGCAGACUUGUUUCAGUGAAACCUGUUUAUUGUGUUUAACCAUUCCCCGACAGGCUCCGGCUGCUGUGUGGAGCUGUCAUUAACUUCCUUAACAACGGGCUACAUACCACAUACAUUGAUGAUUUUAAGAUCCCUAACAUUACUGCAAGAUUGUUAUUUCUGGAUGCCUCACUAGUGUAUACUAGCUUUAUGUGGUUUCUGCAAGGCAGGUGACCAUGGGGACAGCUUUUCUGGUGACUGCCAACUUAUUAUCCACAGGCAGCACUGGGACCUCUAUUACAAGUUGUACACACUGUGAUCUCGGUGACUGACCAGAUUAUCAAUAUAAAAAUACCCUUAUACAUAUCCUUUAAACUGGUAUAUAUUAAGAAUGAGUAGACGUAAAGAGAAAGUAUUAAAUUACAGUACAACAAGCACAAGUGUUAAAGGAGCACUCCAGUGGAAAUUUUUAAACAAUUUUGUAGCUAUACUCCCAAGGAAAACAUGCAUGCAAUUUUAUUUUUUCAUUUGGGAUUAAUUUAAAAACAGCUUGCAAUAGCUGCAGAUCUGUUGUCUGCAGCCUUUGCAAGACCUCCCUCCCCCUCCCCAUUGUGAUGAGACAGAAUAGCUGCUUUUAACUUUUUAAAAACAGAUUUUAUUUAUAACAGUGAGGCACUUUACGUAAAUAUUGUUUUCAAUUUAUUUGGCUGCGAGCUGCAUAGGCAAGAUAUUAUCAUAAACCAGCAUCAGUAUUUAAAGCAUUGUUAACACAACAUGGCAACAUCUUUUCAAGUUUCAUUUUAAUGUGCCUCUAAUUAUAUUUAUACUCUAAUCAAAGGGCUAGCAAAUGUAAAGACAUUAGAAUUAUUCAAAAUUAAAUAUACUUCCCAUUACACUUCUCAACUUGGCACUGUGGAGGAAAUUUUAAUGGAGCAGAGUUGAUUUAUUGGCAGCAAAACAACAUUAACGCUAUUGUGUAAAGUGUAAGUGUAAAUGCUUCCUUUACACCCUGACCCUAUCUAGCUUCUAUUGCCAGACUUCUAAUUAGUGAGGCAGUCUAGCAAUAGCACCCCAGUUUCUGCUCUGUUGAUCCCAUUGCUGUGGCACCAUGUUAUAUCCACUAGAUUCCCCUUUGCCACAUGGCAGCAUUGGAGGUGUGCAGAAACACCAGUAUAUGCCAAUCUUUCCUGUCUCAUGAACCCCGAUGCCUGCAUAAUUUCUUUAAAGGGACUCUCCAGUGCCAGGAAAACAUAUUCGUUUUCCUGGCACUGCAGGACCCUACAGAGCCCCUCGCCCUCCCACCCCCCAUCCCAAGUUGCUGAAGGGGUAAAAACUGACUUACCGGAGUCCAUCGCCAAUGUCCAGCUCCGCCUACUCUCCUCCCCCUGCCGACGUCAGCCGGCGGGGGUGACCUAAUGCGCAUGCCCGGUAAUGGCAGCGCACGCGCAUUAGACGUCCCCAUAGGAAAGCAUUAUUCAAUGGUUUCCUAUGGGGAUUUUGGCGACGCUGGAGGUCCUCACAUUGUGUGAGGACGUCCAGUGUUGUUUAAAACACUUAUCGUGUUCUAAAAACACAGAAGUCCCUAUAGUGGCUGUCUGACAGACAGCCACUAGAGGAGGACUUAACCCUUAUAAAAACUGCAAUAAUUACACUUGCAGGGUUAAGGGUGGUGGGAGUUGGCACCCAGACCACUCCAAUGGGCAGAAGUAGUCUGGGUGCCUAGAGUGUCCCUUUAAGCCAUGCUGGUCUGCAUUAAUCCAGCUGUGUGGGUUGGGCUUGGCAUCAUUACUGAUGCAGGCCAAUAGUAACAAGUCUAGGGCUAUUUAACACAACACUGACCACUCCUUUUUGCCUUGUCGUGGUCUGUAUUAUCCGAGAGUGUAUUAUUGUGUUUGUGUGUGUCUUCUGGUUAUUGAUUUGGCUCUGUUUAUCGCCUUUUCUAAUCUCGGAAAUCCUAGACCAUGGCUCUUUUUCUCGUUUAUCGGUAUCUUUGUACUCCGUGACCUUUGUCAGUCCCUGUUUAUGCUUUUGUCUGUUUCUCAGACUGUGUUCUAUACUUUCACAUGUUAAAGGGAUACUAUAGUGCUAGGAAUACAAAUCUGUAUUCCUAGCACUAUACUUCCUUCUGGUCCCCACUCCUUCGUGCUGUCCUCAUGCAAAGUGUGAGGACGUCCAGGGUCAGUUAGGCGACAAAAAAUCCCUUCUGACUGACAGCCAUUAGAGGCAGUCAUAGUCCUGCAAUUUAAUUUUUGCAGUUUCUCAGAAACAGCAAUGUUAACAUUACAGGGUUAAGUGGACAGAGUCACAGCUGACGUGGUGUGUGUUCCUUUUAAACAUGGCCACUCUAAGGAUCAGUAAUAUGAUUUCGCUUUUUAGUAUAGGACAUCCUAUACCUUAGGUUCGCAUGUUGGUGUAUGAAAUAGUAAGGAGGGUGCACAGAAUUAUACAAUUUAUACAAAUAAGUGUUCAACCAUGUAAGCUAUGUCACUCCCUAAUUGUAAAACCACUAUCCAAAUUAUACAUUGAAGCACAUAAUAAUUAAUCUUUAUUCAAAAUUACAUUACAAAAAAAACACGUAAUGUCAUUCUAAUAUAACACAUACCACUUGUCACUGUCCGUACAAUUAAUGCAGUUCAGACAAACACUCAUGCAAAGAAAUGGUUAAUAAAUAUUGUGUUAGUGUGGCAAAUUAGGGAAAUCCAUCCUCAAUAUACUCCAGGGUCACAAGUGAGAUAGUUCAGCAGUAUGUGACUAAUGUCUGUGAGCACUAUAAAGACAAUCACAGAAGCAGAGUUUAGAUUGUAGAAUUUAAGAUAAAAAUCUGGGGUUGGGUUAGAAUUAGAAUCAGAGUAGCACUUAGAGAUGCAUAUUUGUAUUUGUUUUCACAGUUUAUGACACUAUAUUGGAGACAUUUAAGUGCUGCUAAACAAGCAAACAAAAAAUAUUUGUUUUUUAUUAUACAGUAAUUUCUUUUAAUAUUGGGGUUUUUUUGUUUGUUUUUUGCUGGGACAUAUGCCAUGAUGCCUGUCUUGUUAUGAGACAAAUACGAAACAGAGUUCGAGUUACCGGUAGAUUGAUUGACGAGUGGCGUUUCUUAUAAAGUCUGCAAAAGAGAACACUUACUGGAAAGUGACAACACUUGGAAGAGGUUAACAUAUAAGGAACAAACAGCUGGACUUGGGCGCAAGUCAGAGCCAGGCAGCUGUGCAGUGUAACUGACACAGGCAAUGUUGGUGACACAUAAGGCCAUCUAGGGAUUCCAUCAUCAUACAUCAUCCUCCACAGUGCUAGCUCCUGCCAAAACUCUGACAAGACUCCUUCUCAUUAAUUAAAUAUAGAAACACAGAAUAAGAUAUACUGAGCUGUAAAAAAUCAAAUCUAACAAGUGAAAUGAUUCUCUAGGUUUCUUAUGGUCAAAAGACUGAUCACUAUAUUCUAGCCUGUAUCUAAUUGUUAACCUCUGCUGCAUUUGUGUGUCACCCCCUUCCCCCCCAAUGCAAAUCUCCAUUCACAUGUUUUAUUAUUGAUGAUAUACACUACCACAUUCAGAACUGUAACUUGUAGAAAUAUGAACUUGGUAAUGGCAGAACCUAGUUAAACUUGGUGUUAGAUAUCAUUUCUGAUAUUGCUUCCAUUACAACUGGAGGGGAAAGCCCGAAAGAGUUGUAAGGCAGAAGGGGGCCAGUCAUCUUGGAUCAGAAAAGUAUAAAUAAGCAAAUCUGAAGAGCCUUCCUGAGUGUCCAGAGGCAACAAAUGUUUUAGCCCAUUCACUCUUCAAGUGUACACUCUUAUACUGAUCCAGCCACACUGGGGUGGAAUCAAAAGACAGAGGUUGGAGAUGGUACUCCAAAAAAAGGAUGGGAAGAGGAGAUAGUAUAAUCAAAGAGCGCUGAAGAGAAAAUUGCAGAGGGAGCUAAGAAUGUAUAAAGGGAACAUGUAAGACAGAUGGGGUGUAAAGUGAGGCUGCAAGAGAUGAAAGGGAGUCAGGAGAGUUGGAUGAGAGCAGAGAUAAAAUUAGAGAAGUUUAGUGACGUUUACUGGGGAGUGUAAAAAAAGAGGCUGUUUAAAGUUAAGUUGGAGGAGAGGAAAGUGUACAAAAAGUUAUCAGUGAGUUAUCAUGUUGUCAUAUUGUAACAAUGUUAUUUUGGUUUAAGUUUUAAGGUUUACCAUGAGUGUUUGCUGUGUGUAGGUAAAUGGAGAAUGUGUGGUUUGUACUAGUAAGCUGUAGUUGUAGAUUUUUCAGAAUGAGACAUGAACAAUUUUUACAGGUUAUUUUCUGGAUACAGGUAUCGUGGAUGGAAUGUGUAAUUUACUCUGAAUGUAUAGAAUUAUAUCAAAGUGUAUCAGAUUAUUUACAAAUCUCCCAGCAUUCCAAAGGGACAAAAAUAAACUUUUUUAUUUUAGGGGUGUGAGUGUGGGUAUUGCCAGAGGCGGAGCUGUUUUGAGAAAUUUUAGGUGACUUAGUAAUAAUAAUUUAUGCAACUAAAAUGUAAUUUACAUGAUCAAUAUAUCUUAUUUACACAAACUGAUUUCUAAAGCCAUUUAUUGUAGUUUAAAGACACAUUGCUGUGAGUAUUAUUGCUGUGCUGGGGAGCUGUUACACAUUCAGACACACCAGCAAUAUGGAGCUCCUAGUAAGUAGGGACAGAGAGAAUUGAGCCCAAAAUAGACACUGUCCCUCUUAAAUAGGGACACUCGGGAGUAUGUAUUGAGGACCAUUACCAGCUGUUCUGUGCAGACGUUGACCACUUUAUUCAAGUUGCGAGGAAAACAUUAGUAGUUUCUUAAGUGCACAGCAAUAUUACCACAAAAGUUUAAGUGGAAUAUUUACAAAUAGCUACUGUGAAAUAUUUUGUUUUAAGUGUGUGCACCGUCUGCAGCAAAUUUGUGGGUUUUUAAAAAAUAUUAUCUGGGCACAUGCACCACAUACUAUGGCAGUGUUGCAUGUUACAGUAAUAUUUUGAUUGCCAUUAGGAUUACAUGAAUGAAUUAAUGCAUGGUUGUGUGGAGUAUUAUAUACUGUAGAGUGGAAUUAUUUCUGUGGCACAAAUCCUGAUCAGGAAAUCGAAUAAACAUUUGCACUUAUCAACGGUUAAUAAAAUUUGCAUCAUAAGGCAAAUGACUAGCAUUCCGAAAGGACGGAUGUAUAUACCCAUAACUUUUUCAACCCUGGUUAAUAAAUGGCAGCAUUCAGCAAUUCAAUGGCAGCAUUCUGGUACAAUAGGAUAUAAAAUAGCAAAAAGAAGUGUGUAAGGGACUCUAACAUGUAGCUGUGUACAAUUGUUUGUCAUUCUGUGUGCGUGUUUUUUGUCUUUCUUUGUACAGUGUGUCUCAAAUUAAGCUGUGAACUAGGUACAAGCAGUCUAAAAAGAUAUGAAAUUGUGUGUGCAUGUGUAAUGAGGUCCAAUAUAUUAUACUUGAUGAAUAUUUGUUGACAGGUAACAAAGUUUACCAAGAGAACAAUGAUUUAACAGAUUAUAUAAACUGAUCUCCAUUAGAUAAAUAUAUCUAACGUUGAUAUUUAACCCCUUAAAGGACCACUAUAGUGCCAGGAAAACAUACUCCUUUUCCUGGCACUAUAGUGCCCUGAGGGUGCCCCCACCCUCAGGGUCCCCCUCCCGCCCGACUCUGGAUGGGGGAAAGGGGUAAAAACUUACCUUUUUCCAGCGCUGGGCGGAGAGCUCUCCUCCUCCUCCUCUCCACCCCGUCGGCUGAAUGCGCACUCGCGGCAAGAGCUGCGCGCACAUUCAGCCGGUCACAUAGGAAAGCAUUCAUAAUGCUUUCCUAUGGACGCUGUGCUCUCACUGUGAAAAUCACAGUGAGAAGACGUUAGCGUUUCUAGUGGCUGUCAAUGAGACAGCCACUAGAGGUUUUGGGAGAAGUCUUAACCCAUUAAUAAACAUAGCAGUUUCUCUGAAACUGCUAUGUUUAUAAAAAAUGGGUUAACCCUAGAAGGACCUGGCACCCAGACCACUUCAUUAAGCUGAAGUGGUCUGGGUGCCUAGAGUGGUCCUUUAAGGACACAUGACAUGUGUGACAUGUCAUGAUUCCCUUUUAUUCCAGAAGCUUGGUCCUUAAGGGGUUAAAGUAAAUUUAGACACUAAUUAUAAACUUACUCUGAAGGACAAACAUGUAUCUACAUAAACUCAUUAAUUUAGUAUCUCAUGCUGCUGAUGUAUUUAUAGUUUAAUCAUAUGCUCUAGCGGUUUAUUCACUAAGCAGCAUUUUGUACUGAGUUGAAAACCAGAUUACAAAAUUGAGGCUAAACAGAUCAAAGGUUUUAAUCCAUUAUCUCUAAUUGUCAGGUUUGUUAAUUUACUGUUUUGUAAAGGAACUGUAUCAUAUCCACAGUUUUUGAUCAAUACUUUGUGUAGGCCAAAAACUCUACAUUGCAUUAUUAUACUUUUUCAUUGUUGUUUUGAUUUUAUUGAAGAAACCAUAUUACAGAACUUUUGGUUCUGUAUACAAUGCAAAAAACAAAACAAAAAUAUAGGCUGUAAUAUAAUUAGAGCCAAUUACAGCCAUUAAAGGCUUAUCUUGAAAUGCAAACCUUUAAGAAGAGUGACACUUGCCUGUCACAGAGCUCUGACUAAGGUUGUGUAGCAUGGGAAAGCUCUUAUAAGGGUUAUUCCUGCCAUGCAAGCUUAUUCUGUGCGAACCCCUCCAUAGGCUCACAUGGAUUAAUUCUAAUGCAUAGUUUUUUUGCAAUCCUGUUCUUAAUGGAUUUUUUGGGGACUGAAAAAAGAGUAUUUAAGAAGAAUACAUCUGAUGAUAAUUACAAUUUUGCUUGUUUCAUGGUCUUUGUCUGUAAUCCAAAUUAUAUAUACAUACUAUAUAUAUAUAUAGUGCAUUUUGCCUUUACUUACAUAUAAAAAAAGGUAUGAAACAAAAUGCGUGCUUUGCAUCCCACAUAUAGCCACAAUGUUUGGAACAGAGCUGAAUAAUUGUAAGGGCUGGAGUCGGUAACAGCCAUUCUGUGCUUUUUGUGGCACACAACAAACUCAUUUAGAAUGGCAAAUUGUAUAAACUGUAUAGUUUGUUACUUGUCAUUCACCUUCAGUGCCCUAAAGCAGUUCCCUUGUUCCAUUCUGUGUCAUAGCAGUAAAUAAUUAAUGAAAGAGCCUCAAAUGUAGUCAGUAACUGAUAGCUUAUGUAGGUAAUUUUGCGUCCACAUUUGUUAUGUGUAUGAAAGUGAAGAUAAAUUCAGUAUUAGAUGUUCCAUUACAUGGGUGUGGGUUGCUUUAUUCACUGGUUAUAUUCCAUCUUUAUAGUUCUGCAGUCCAUCUGGUGCUCAACUAUAGUUAGGGAAAAAGAAGUCUUACAAUGUAUGUAAUGACAGGUAAAGGCAGUAUCUGGUACCAGGAAACAUGCUUUGCUAGCUGAUUACGGCCACAUGCAAUGUAAAUAGACAGGGACCAGUUGACAAGGGAGACAGUGUCCUCUGGGCCAAUAGUAUACAGGGGGGGAACAAUUCUAUGAUUAAAAGCAAAUGGAGAAAUGCUGGCAUGUCUUUUGGCAGAGUACCGCAGGAGGAAGUAGGCAGGGAUUUUUCAGGGUUUUAAUAGCACUACAUUGUUUGUAUUGUGUUUGGGAUGGUAACCACAAUCUCAAUGCGUUCCAGUGUUGAAUUGGCGCACUAAGAGAUUUCUCAGGAGGCUAUAGUCUCUGGGCUGAUCAGGCUGCCAGAUUAUGAUAACUAUGUGUGGUGCCCUUUGAGGUGUUUGCAAGUAGCUGAUAUGACAGUGGUCAAGACACUCAUCACAUGCACAUGUAAUCAUUGGUGACAAUGGAGUUGCGGGAAGCAGAGUUUUAGUCUCUUAAGGGUACAUUAAACACUAAACAUUAAAAACAACAUUGGCUUAAUGAAGUCAUUUAUGAACCUGCAUUCCCUGCUCAAUUCUUUGCCAUUCCUUUGUUUAUGCAGCCCUAGUAACACCUCCCCUGCAUAUGAUAUGCACAGUCUCACCACACCACACAUUUCAAAGUGGGUAUUUAGUAAAUUAAAGGCUCAGGUGAUAUUUGGAAUUUUAAGACCUGACAAUACAUGAAACCUCAAACUUCCUUUUCCUAAAGGAAUCGAUGUUGCCAGGCCAUGGCAAAAUGGAAGGGAGUGGGAAUUAAAAGGUGCUGAAUCCUACAACACUGCCCAGGUAUUAACCCAACAAGAUAGACAAGCCACUUCAGAUGAGAGGCAGGGAAACCGAGGCGCUCACCCAAAGGCGAUGCCGACAAAUUGUUGCAAACCUCCACAGGUCAACACUCCUCUCCUUCCCCCCAAGCGGGGCGAGGAAGGACGCAAAACCCAUCCCUAGCCCUCAACCCGUUCUCCCACCACACUAUCCCUUUCCAUACCACUAUACCCUCAACCACUGCACGGACAUCGCAAGGCACGAAACACGACCCCUAACACAAGGUGCACAACAGGGUAGAGAAUGACUAAAACGAGGCCAUAGCGCGUCUAGUGAAUAAAUUCCUAUCCCCAUAUCUCUCUUGCUACCCUACCCAUAUUUGCAUACAACAACAUUAUGUGGGGAUCUGUUAUUUAGUGUCAUGACUGCGGUACAUUAACCCCCUCUUCAUUCUGUAAUGCUUACUUGUCAUAUAAAAAGUGCAUUAACCCCUUUUUCCUUUUGUAAUGAUUACAAGAUCUACAAAAUACGCACUAACCCCUUCUUCUUUCUAUAAUCCUUAUUCGAAAUACAAAAAGAAAAAAAAAAAUGAAUUAAAAAAUAAAAAAGUGCUGAAUCCAAUACAGAACAGGGAGGUCCCAACCUGAAAAUAGGCAUAGCUAAAUGUAAUUUUUUUAUCAUCCACCCGGAAAAAAAAAAGGUUUCCCAGAGUUCGUUUAGUGAAAGGCCAAGGCCAAACCCAGCUCCCUAUCAGGAAGUUUCUAAGUGAAUUCCUAGUUUUUGUGUCAAUAUGCAAAGAAUAUAAACAAGUUCUGUAACCUGCCUCAUUGACGUUUGGUUUUACAAUCCAAAAGGCAGUUCUAGGAUUUGUCUUGCAAAUCAGGCUGCAACUGCAUAUAUGAAAGAACUGUAAACCACAUCUAUGAAAUAAAGUAAAGCUCUAUAUGUUUGGGAAAUGGCAACUGUGCAACUAUCAUUAAAUGGUGGAUACACUAAAUCACUAAAUGCAUUUAUUUUUCAGUGAUCUUAUCAAUUUUAUGACGAGUGGACCUAUCAUAGCUUUGGAAGUCAUCGGAGAUGAUGCUGUAUCUUCGUGGAGAAAAUUAUUAGGUCCAACAAAUUCCUGUGUUGCAAGAAGUGAAUCACCAGGAAGCAUAAGGGCAAGAUUUGGGACAGAUGGCACGAGAAAUGCUGCUCACGGCUCAGAUUCCAUUGCUUCAGCUGCUCGGGUUUGUGUACAUUAAUAAUAAUGCUAUAAAAUAAUAGUUGGGAGAAGCUUGUGUCUUUAUUAAAUUCACAAACUAUAUUUUAUAUGAUUAAUCGUAGUUUAAAUUAUGCUCCUAGCAUCUAUCCCAAAAUAAACCUAGCCUUCAUUAAAAGAAGCCUUCACAUUCCAAAUACCAGAACACACAGGCUUUGCUAAUAAUUCAAAAUAUGCUUUUAUAUUUAACGUGUAGCAUUAAAUCACAAUGGCUAUUUCAACUGUCAUUACGCAAAAGUAUUUUGUUGGACUUGAGAGUUUCCUCUGUGGCUUUAUAACGACCACCGUACAUGAUUACCCAUUGACUAUAGUUUAAAAUAUCUUCUUAAAGCCAUGCCAGGCCAAACAAUGUUCUUGAAGCUUUACAUUUGGUGCUAUGCCAGUUGGGCUGUCAGACAUAUUUAGCCUAAUGUAAACCCUGCACUGUCUACAGUAUAAUAUAUGCAGCUAUAACUUUGUCCCAGUCUAAGCUUUCCUUCAACUUGGCAACUUUCGCUAUCAUGAUCUGUGAUGUUUGAUUAUUGUGGUAUGAAUAUAUUAAAUAUGGAAAUAUGGUGUAUGUUACAUAGUUACAUAGCUGAAAAGAGAUUUGCGUCCAUCAAGUUCAGCCUUUCUCACAUUUGUUUUUUGCUGUUGAUCCAAAAGAAAGCAAAAAAAACCAGUUUGAAGCACUUCCAAUUUUGCAACAAGCUAGGAAAAAAAAAAUCCUUCUUGACCCCAGCUGUUUGAACACCUGUAUGGACUCUGAUAAAACCACUUCUUCAGGCAGAGAAUUCAACAUCCUUAUUGUUCUUACAGUAAAAAAAACCUUUCCUUUGCCUUAGACGAAAUCUCCUUUCUUCCAGUCUAAACGCAUGACCUCGUGUCCUAUGUAAAGUCCGGUUUAUGAAUAGAAUAGGUAUGUGUUUAUGUAGUUGGUCCAAUAGGUAGUUCAAGUCAUCAAACCCCAUACUGCAAGGUGGGUAAUAGCAUUCAUGCAUUGUGCUCUGUAAUGCACACUUUGACUGACACAAUGCUCAAGGUAACACCAGAUCAUGAACAUUUCCAUCUACCUGAAAUAUGAAGGAGUUAACCUCUCGGACAGCAGCUGCCAUUUGCAGAUGUCAGUUUUAAUUCUCUGAUAACAUAGCAGACAAGUAGCUGAAGAGACAGAAACAGCACAAUUUGGUCUCCUCUGCUCCUCUCCUGGCAUAUCAUUAUCAUGGAGAGACUGAAUUAAUAGAAGCAGCCACCCAGGAGUGUAACUUUCACCCUUUCUGGCCAGACAGGAACAUAUGUGUUCAAGUGUUGCUCGAAGAUUUUGUUCCAUUGUGCUAGUCCCACUAUGUCUUCUUUCUUGGUGUUGCCAUCUUGUAGUUUUCAGUAUGGCGGUCACUGGAAACGGCUUCAUCUGCCCUUCAAGCACAUUGAGUACCUAAAACAGACAGCGAUGAUGUGACACUGCCAAAAGUGGUGUGUCGCUGGAAGGAGGUGUGUAAGAACAUGUCAACCAACGGUAAAAGUUGACAAAUGAUAUGGAGCUAGACUCCACUUUUGUCAACCUGCAGGUUAUACGUAAAAGUAUAACUUCCUCAUGAUAUUCAUAAUUGGGGAACAAAAAAAGGGGAGGGGGUGAGAUUUGGACAAAGCAAAUGUGACAUAUCCGCUUUAAAGAAACCAGAACACUAACUCUAGCCUUACUUUUCAAUAAAUCAUGUCAUAGAGAAAAAAAAUAUAUAAUAUAUAUAUAUGUAACAGUGAAUCGUGAAUUAGAGGUAAAUAGCCAUCCUGGGGCUUUGCAGACAUUCACAAAUCACUUGACUGUCCAUGACGUUUUAAUGAUGUCUCCAGAACUACUUGAUGGCAUUAUUUCCCUAUAACAAUCAGUGCAAUGUGUAUUAUAUUCUCUCUCUAUAUCACAAUAUAAUAAACUUAUAAACAUUAUUUUUAUUUUUCCAUAUAGCCUGACUUGAAUGGAUUGUUUGAAACUCCAUCUAACACAAAUAAGAUGGUAUGCUCAUGUAGCAUGUUUUAGUUACUCUAGCUUAAUCUAGUCUGCAGGAUUGUAUAUAUGUUUUGUUAUUCUGCUGGGCUUUCUUAGUUACUUUUGUUUAUUUACUAUUUUGCAUGGCUCAUACACUGAAAUCUGUUCACCACAGUUCCUCCCUUUAUUCAAUAAAAAAAAAUGUAUUUUCUUCUAUAGGACCGGUUUAACACGUUUUUUUUUUUUGUUUGUUUGUUUUUUUAUAAAGAGCUAUGUAGCAAUUUGUUAUUAUAUGAUACAAAUCAUGUUUGCCCUUACACUUUGCUACUUCUCUCUUUCUUUGACAUAUAAAAUUGUCAUACUCAGGGGAAAAAAAUCAGAAAAUACAACUGACCAAACCGGUUUUAUCAAGCAGUACUUUCCCAUACAUUUGUAUUAGACUAACACUGAGCUUGCUCUUGUACAUGGUACAUAAUAGUGCUUUCCAUGAGAGGCAUUGAAAUGUAUAUACCAUUGCCACUUGUGCUUGGAUUAGCUUCAGCGAUGGUUUUGGUAACAAAUUUCAGCAGUGCAGGUUCUACCUGCAGAACAUUUUUUAAGCAGGGUAAAGCCAUUUGCCUUACAUGAAAGUUGUCCUGUUAUCAUUAGUGACACUUGACAUUGGCAAGUCUCCACUACUACAAUCAGCGUACAGAUUUUUAUUUUCCUUGUAAUAUCAUGUUAGUCUUCCAAGCCAGGUUAAUCUUGGGAUGGACAUCCUGCUGUCCAGAGGGGGAAAAAAACCUUUAAAAAGGGGGGAUGAGGGGGGUGUGGAGGAAAAACACUUUAGACACAACAGGGUAAUACCUAAAUCCUGGACUGGUAGGGGGUCCUUGAGGACAGGGUUGUGAACCCCUGCUUUGUAGGAUCAACUGAGAACCCUUUUUUAGUCUCUUUUUGUAAGGGCUAAAUGAAUUCUGAAGGUUGUUCAGGCUAAUGAUAGAAAACUAGCCUGAAUAGCAAUUUGUGUUGGAAAUUGGCUGAAUGUGUCAGCUGAUUGUUUCGAGCCUAUCACAGCCACCCAUUACUGUAUCAUUUAGUAUGGCUAACAAAGAGUGUAAUCUCUUCCUUAGCCAUGUCUCCAGUGUUCAGUGUUUAACAGCCUGGAUUGGUUUAACGCUGAAUGGAGGAGCAUUGCAGAGACUUCAGGUACUACAGGCAGAUCAAUUAGAUUAAAUGGUGCCCAGUGUGUCCUUUUAAGCUUAUUCUAGAGGAUGUUUGUCUUAUAUCCCAUAAACAAGAACCUUUGCUGGAGCAGACCUUACUGUUAUAGAUUAAGAUUUGUUUUCUUUAUAUUUUGUAGAAUUAAGCGCUAGUUUCUAUAGAUCUGGUAUGUUCUUACAAAUUGCUAUACUUCAUUUUCCGUUUAUGUUAUUUUUCUUAUCAUUGCUAGGAGUUAGAGUUUUUCUUUCCAUCAAGCGGAGGACGUGGCCCAAAAAACACCGCAAGGUUCACAGAUUGUACCUGUUGUAUUAUUAAACCUCACGCUGUGUCUGAAGGUAAGCAUAUACAAUCACUACACUUUGGUUUAGUGUUUUAAUAAUACUUUUUAUUUCCAGGUACUAACCCAACUGUAUUCUUCUAAAAUACAAUGCAUCAAUCAUUGGAAUAAUAGCACAACGGGGAAAAUAAUAGCUGAUGUUAUAUCUAGUCAUUACUGGCUUUAUCCAUGCUAGGAAAUGUAACUUUUAGCAAUUUGUAAUCAGAGGCUGAAGAAACGUUUAAUAUCUCUAAUAAUUGUCCACAAAAAGCACUAUCACCUUGUAUGUAUGUAAAAAUAAUACUGCCUGACACUACCUGGCUAAAAUUAUACCAAAUGUAUUUAGAUGUAAACAGAAAAAGGCAAGUAGAUGAACACAAACUCUCAAUACAACCUAUAAAGAAAAUACAUAUAGGUUUAAUAUUCAAAGGGAUACUCCAGGCACCCAGACUACUUCUGACAAUUGGAGUGGUCUGGGUGCCAACUCCCACUACCCUUAACCCUGCAACUGUAAUUAUUGCAGUUUUCAUAAACUACAAUAAUUACCUUGCAGGGUUAAAGGGACACUAUAGUAACCUGAACAACUUCAGCUUAAUGAGGUUGUUCAGGUGAGAACUAUAGCUACCUGCAGCCUUACUCAUGUAAACACUGUAUUUUCUGAGAAAAUACAGUGUUUACAUUCAAAGCAGUUGCAGUCACUAAGAGUGAACUAGAGGGACUUCUGAGUUGAUGGAGGCAUAAUAUGCCUCCAUUCACUCAGAUCUGCUGUGCACGAGCAUCCUGUGAUUCAGUAUCUCCUCCCACUGCAUGCAGACACUGAACUUUCCUCAUAGAGAUUCAUUGAUUCAAUUCAUCUCUAUGAGGAGAUGCUGAUUGGCCAGGGCUGUGUUUGAAUCAUGCUGACUCUGCCCCUGAUCUGCCUCCUUGUCCGUCUCAGCCAAUCCUAUGGGGAAGCACUGUGAUUGGAUCAGGCUAUCACAUGUCAGCAGACUGCUUGUUUUUCCUGAGUCUUACAGCAUGCAGAUUUACAGUUUCUGGCAUGAAUACAGUAAGAUAUUUACUAUAUUUAUGGAGGCAUGAGGGGCCCAGGGGGGCUAGAUGGUCGUGUUAACACUAUAGAGUCAGGAAUACAUGUAGUUGCACUGGUGACUAUAGUGUCCCUUUAAGUCCUCCUCUAGUGGUGGUAUAUCAGACAGCCACUAGAGGGACUUCCGAGUUGUUAGAACAUGAAAAGUGUGUUAUACGAUGCUGGACGUCCUCACGCUAUGUGUUUUCCUGGCACUGGCUCCAAUAUAUUUAGAAGGCUACAAUAUAUUUAGAAAUAGUAGAUCAGGUGGGAAGCGCGCCCGAUGGACACAAAAUAGGAAAGCAAAUUGUUCAUAAACAGUUUCAUAAACAAUGUGAGGGUUAGGGGGGCACAAGGAUACUCAUGGCACCAUAACCAGUGCAGCAUGCUGUAGUGGUUAUGGUGCUUUAAAUGUUCAAGGAAGCCUGCAUGUAUUUUUCAGCCAAAAACUCCUACCAUGGUAAUUUAUUUUACGGUUACAUUUUACUUGCACAAAAAAACAAGUAAACAAUGGCGCUACAAUUAUGUUCAAAAAAACUUCAAAUAGAUGUAAUAAAAUAUUGUGCAAACAAAAAAGCAACACCUAAAGUGCAUUAGCCCAUACAUAUACACUCUUAAAUACCAAACAACGAAUUAAGGCGCGCACCUUAACUAGUUGUUUGUUACAUUUUACUGGCAAUCAUGAAAACCAGCCCAUAGUGGGUAGGCCUGAAAUAGAUAGUGAAUAAAUUCCUUAGAGACAUAGCUUAAUAAUUCCGUUCAACCCACUGUAUAAAAACACACACAUAAUUCACAUAUUAUCUAGAUCUUGUAAAAUGUUUAUUUAUAUACUUUUGUCCUUUUAUAAUUUCGUACUUUAUCUUUUCUCAAUAUUCGCAAAUAUUUUUUUUUGUAUUUGUGCUGUAAUUUUGCCAUGUAUUUCAUUCAAGAUUAAUAUUUGUUUUAAGAAUUCUGCUUUCCAUGUCUUUCCAAGGAGUUUGUGAAGAAAAAGAAAGCAAAUCUCAUUUCACAAUGUCCCAGCGGAUAAUUGUGAUGGGUGGACCCAUUUGGCUGGUGUUAUUAAACAUAUGACCUAUUUGCAGAAUCAGUAAUACUUAAUGUGUUGGAUACUAAAGCAAUUCAUUCACUAAAUACAGAAUUUUAUUAAACUGAAACCUUAAUUUCUAAAUUUACCAAAUCCACUGAAUUUGUUUAAAUUUUACGGUUCAAAUUCACUUCAAUGCAGUUCAGUGUUUAACGAUUAACCCCCUUCAUUAUUUCCUUUUAUUUUAAUCAUUUAUUGGAAAAACAUUUUAAUUUGCCAGCCGUUCACGUUAAAUGUAUAUAUUUUACUGUGCACAAAAUAACUGCAGGUAUUAACAAAGAUUGGCUAAAUAGUGUUUUUGUGUUUUCCUCACUUGUUUUAUAAUACACCUCAUUUGGGGGUAUGUAAAGUUCACAUAAACAUUAAGGGAUGAAAGCAGUACAAUACCAAUUAGAUAUAUUAUAUAAAAUACUGCAAACAACAAAUACAGCUACCAGUUUUUUUUGAUUAAUUGAACCUCAUUUUUAUUUGUUUGCUUCAAAUACAACUGUACUGGCACGGCCUGACAUAAGAUGCGAAUUUAAAAUGUCUGAUGAUUUACUGCAUGUGACCAUACAUUUGUGUACUGAGAACUAUGGGAAUUGUUUUUCUUGGCACACGUGCAUAAACAUCUUAAAAAUAUGGCUGAUAACAAGUUUGUUUUAUACUUACCUUUGCUGUACACGUCAACUGAGUAAAUAUCUCAACAGCGUUUACUAGAAUGAGUGAGAGACACAUAGGUGUCAGUCUGCUCAGCCUUCUUUAAUUAAGUAAUUUUAAGACAACAUCCAGUCCUUUAUGGAAACAGCUUGUAAUUAGAUUUUUAAAUGUUUUUUUAAGAGAAUAAAAUAGAAAAUAGUUUCUCAACACACUAGGGAUGAACUAAAUUUCUGCCAAAUAGCAUAGACAUGCACUUUUGCAUCCUGUGAGCAAUGCUUAGAAAAAAAUACUACAAUAUGCCCAUUUGCACUUUUUCCAUUCUCAUAAAGAAAAUCCACAAAACAUACAUUAACCUAAUUGUGUUCUCUGCUUACUCCACAUUUCACCUCCUGUGGGAACACCAUAAAGUAAAAUAGAAUUUCAUAAUCAGCAGAAACUUAUUCUCUAAACUUUUUCAAAACUUUUUCCAAUUUACACGUGUUCCACUUCUGUCUAAAGUAGCAUAAGCCGUCUGACGUUGAAAGGGUUAAUUCCUAAGACGUCAUCAAAUAAAGAAAAAAAUGACCAUUCUAUAACCAAAGAGAUUUGUGUAUAAUUGAAUCCCAUGCUUUGUUAAUUGAAUUGUCGAGUUUAUUUCUAGCUGUCUGUUUGACAUUAGCCAUGGCAUAUGCACUCUGCCUUUCUUUCAUCUUUAUUUUAUCACCUGCAAAUGAAUAAUGUUAUUAACUUAUUUUAUGAUUCAUUUUGCUGAUAUUUGUAAUGCUACUAAGAAAAUAGAUAAACAAGUAUUAGAUAUUUCUGGAUUUCCUUUCAAGUCUUUAAUGGCUCAAGGACUAAUGCUUGCUUUUCUAUGCCAAUGACAGCCAACCUUGGCACUGGCUUGUUUUCCAAACCACAUUUCCUGUGGCAGAUUGCCAGUAUGUAACUUUGCUGUCACCAUUAGCUAAAUCUUAAAGGAGCACUAUAGGGUCAGGAACACAAACAUGUAUUCUUGACCCUAUAGUGUUAAAACCAACAUUUACAUGACUUGUCCCCUGUUAUGCCCUAAAGAUGUAAUAAAACUUACCUCAUUUCCAGCACAGCGCGUGCCCGUCCCACGAUCCGCCUCCUUGCUGACAUUAUCAGAAUUUAGGAUUUUUAGCGGAUGGGAGGGGGUCAAUCUACACCUCCACAUAGAGAUGUAUUAAAUCAGUGCAUCUCUAUGCAGCAACAUAAUGCAGCACUGCCACAAGAAGCACCUGUAGUAGCCAUCUGAGGAGUGAUCAGUGGCAGAAUCCCUAGCUGUAAUUUAAACACUGCCUUUUCUUUGAAAAGACAGUGUUUACAUGAAAAUGCUUGCAGGGAAUGAUUAUACUCACCAGAACAAAUACAAUAAGCUGUAGUUGUUAUGGUGAAUAUAGUGUCCCUUAAAAAUGGACUUCUUACUUGUGAGGUCUCAAAUAUAAUCAUCAUUGUCACUAUUUUUCUUUCAUCAGUGCAUAGCAAAAUAGGUUGAUGAGAUAUAAAUAGGAAUAUAGAAUAUGCAAUAUUCUAUGUUUGAAUCAUGUUAGUACUUUUGUGACACUGCAGAUGCCUCCACAGAUUUUCUUGUGCAUAUGCAUUGAGAUGCCAUGGGCAUCGACUUCACAUCAAAAUAAGGUGGUGCUUAUCCCAAUCAGAAGUACAUUAAAGCAAUGCAUUUUCCCAUGUUUUGCCUUUUGAUAUUAUUUACAUUGCCUUACUCUUUUGUUUGCAUUUCAGUGAAAUUCCAGGCUCUAGCAUCGUGACAGGUGUACCUGUGACAUUUUGUGAACAUUAGGCUUAUAAACUUUUGACACACGUUUUUCUGGACUUUUAUUUUUAUUUUGUUAUUCUGUCUCACUGUUAAAAUGCACCUACCAUUACAAUUAUAGACUGGUCAUUUCUUUGUCAGUGGGCAAACAUUCAAAAUCAGCAGGGGAUCAAAUACUUUUUUCCCCUCACAGUAUAUCUGGUUAGCACAAAUUAGGGGUAAUCAGAUGUUUUAGCAGACAGUACAGUGUUUGUGCUGGUAGCACUGGCUGGCAAAACUGAUAAUUUGGCUUUUUUUUUUUACUUCUACUUUUAAUGCUUAUUUUCAGAAUCAUUAUGAUAAAUGCCUAUGUAACAAGCUUUUCCUAGAGAGGAAAAAAAAAGGAAAUUGUAUGACUUUUUCUUUCUUUUGUGUCUGUCCCCCCCACCCUCCCACCCCUUUUUUUUUUCUUUUUUGUCACAUGACCCCACAAAGUAUAUGAUCUCAGAGCCACAAGCAAAAAAUGAAAUCUAAAAGAGUCUAAUUCUAUAGUCUUUAUUUUUGUGUGUGUGUGUGUGUGUGUGUGUUUGUUUUUUUUUUUGUGUGGUGGUGCUUUUAAGGGAGUUAAUGGACAGUUUAAAACCAUUCAGAACCAUUUCUUUUAUUUUUAGAUCACCAAAUCUAUCAAUGACAUUGACAACAGCGGGUCUCAUUUGGCCCAGUUCCAGUGCUAGUGGCCCUGAUAAUUACACAUUUAAUCUGCACUAGAUUUCUAGUAGUAGAUGACAUCAGUUUACUGAUCACGUUAUGGGGAUGUGCUGUAAUUUUCCAAUGUUGGAUAACACAAUGGAUUUGGAUUUUGGUCUUAUAUUUGUAGCAGUGCGAGACUGACCACAGUCUAUAUAUUACUAAUCAUUGGUUUACAGCUUCUCUCUGCCUUCCUAGUCCAAGCACCACAAUCAGCUAUGCCCUUUGCUGUCUCACUGCAUACAAACAGUGGUCCUCUUAGCUGUAAAUUUUAAGUAAUUUCCUGGUUUUACAGAUAUCACUGAUCCUGAGGUGGUUUUCUUUUUUUCCCAAGGCUAUGGGAAAUAACUUGUAUUUUAUAUAUUUUUUUAUGUCUGCAUCUUAUUCACAUGAGGCAUAAUGAUGUCACACACUUGUUUUUAGGGAGAAUAAGCUCAUUAUUUGUAUGGCUUUUGCUAUUUGUAUUUUUUUGUACUGUGAAAACCUUUUGUGCUUUUUAUACUUUUUGUUCUUUUUGAACUUUGAUUCUUCCUUUAACAAAUUUCUUUAAAGAUUCUCAAAAAAGGCAUCCAGACCACUUCUGCCCAUUGGAGUGGUCUGGGUGCCAACUCCCACUACCCUUAACCAUGCAACUGUAAAUAUUAUAAACUGCAAUAUUUACCUUGCAGGGUUAACUCCUCCUCUAGUGGCUGUUUCUAGCACACGCUAUGUGAGGACCUCCAGCGUCGCUAAAAUCCCCAUAUGGAAGCAUUGAAAGCAUUUUUCAAUGCUUUCCCAUGGGGAGGUCUAAUUGCGCAUUAGGUCUCACUCUGCCGGCGGCCGCGCAUGCACAAUCGGUCUCCCCCGCCGGAUGACGUCAGCCGGGGAGGAGCGUGGGCGGACCCUGGACCAGCGCCGAGGGACAUCGACGCUGGAUUCCGUCGCAACCUGGGAUGAGGGGUGGGAGGGAGAGGGGGCCUGCAGUGCCAGAAAAAUGGUUUGUUUUCCUGGCACUGGAGUGUCCCUUUAACCUUUGUUGUUGGAUAUAGUGUUGAAAGGAAUAUUGCUUUUAAGUGAUGCAAGCUAUUCAAUUGAAUCUUCUAGUUUGCAUUCUUUUUUUAAACCAGUAUGAGUGUCUAAUUGCAAAGGCUGCCCUUGGUCUUUUUUGUGGCUCAUUAUUUGUUGUCAUUUUAUAUUCAUUGUUGACUUUACAGCAAUAUUCAAAGUAAUCGGCAUUUGAUAGGUUUAUUUUAGCCUUUCUUGGUGUAAUUUGCAUGCUAGGAAAACAGUGGCAUAUCACCCUUCUGUUGUGCAGGAACAGAGAUUGCUGCUACUGAUUCCUGCCAAACGGGUUUAUGCUGUUGAAAGCAAUGAACCAUAAAAUAGCCAAUAUGAUUAAUUAUUGGCUUUUCUUUUAUGGUUUGUCCAGCACAAACAUCCUUAACCUAAAAUUAACCCACAACAAUAACCCUCCAUAUCUACAUUUGCAAGCUCUGCAUUGCAAUCUUAUUUUCUAUGUCUUGCUUGUAGUAUCAAGUAAAUACCCCAGAAAGAAUAUAAAAUGGGUGCCCUCAUCUGGCAAAAAUGGCCCAUUCAGUGUAAACAUUGCCUAACUUAUCUAUGCUUUCCCAGGUUUGGCGUAUCGUGCUAGUUAAGUCUGUGACCGUUUCAUGUUAAAACAGGAAAGUGCUUCUCCAAAUUGUGGCUUUAAAAAGCUGCAGUAAGAAAAGCUGUAGUGUUGCAGGUCUCCGUGCCUCCUGUAAAGCCAACCUUCAACCUGACUCCAAGCUCCAUCCCCACCCCUAUAUAGGUGGAGAACCAUAUUGGGGUGCUAUAUAACAAGGGAGGCAUAUACAUCUCCCUUCUUCCAAUAAGCAGGAUUGCUGAAGCAUUCAUGCUGGUGCUAAUGUAUGAGGGUAACAUUUAUAACAGAAGGACAGAUGGUCUUAAAGAUGCAUGGGUCCAAAUCUGCCUGUUUGUACAAUAGAGAAGGGAUCCAGGCACUCCAAUAUCUUCAAAUACGUUUAUUGGAACAAGUGAGACACAGCAACGUUUCGAUCCCUAAUAGGGUCUUUGUCAAGGUCCCAGUUUGUGUGAGAUUCACAAAGUUCUAUAAUCUACUAAGUCAUAAAUGAGACCCAAUGGGGCCAAAGUUAGACACUUCAAAAAAUCAUGAUACUGUCUCCAUACUCUUUGCAGCAAUAUGAAAAGAUAAUUUUAGUUAUAUAUCCCGCCCCUCACACAUAACUCACAGGAAGGAGCUGUGCUUUCAUUUGACAAUAUGUGUUUUUGUAAGGAGCGUACCCACCUGCUUUUAUCGAGGUUCCUCUUGUUAAAUACCUGAUACACGUAUGGAGCCGUUACCAGCUGGUAGCUCAAUUCAUAUUUUUUUCUUAACAAAGCUACCGGUAGGUAUUUGGGUCCUUCAGAGAGCACAAUGAAAGAGCCUUUCAGAGGAGGUGUCAGCUUGUAUGGAAUAUGGCCAUCCUGCCACCAGGGGGAAGCAUAACUUGGAGCAUUCCUUUAGUGACCUUGGAAUGUCCCUUUAAGCAAACAAUUUUUAUUAAACUUCUUUAUAGUUAUACUUCAUUGUGAAGUUACUUUUACCUGAUUUGAAAUUCACUGGUUUAGUUGUUAUCAACCUGCUCCGUAUAGUAAUUAACUUUUUCAUUUGACAUAUUUAAAUAAUGACCUAGUGUGCCAAAGUUAACUAGUAAAACUCUGUUAAUUUAUAACUUUUUUUUGUUUCAUCCCUUUCACCUUUUUUCUCAAAAUGUCGUAGAUCAUUUCUAGUUUUCUGCUCUCUAAAGCAGUGGAAAAUUACUUCAUUUUCUCUCAAAGCAGACUCAUUGAUCAGCAUUGUCAGUUGCUAAGUAACAAAGUCCAAAAGCUAAGAUUGAUAAUGCCAUACCUACUACAACAUUCGCAUGACGCAAGGAUCGUGACAUAUGAUAAAUAAUACAAUAGGGAACUCUGUAAAAGAGGCAUUCUAGGAUCAUAAUGAAACAAUUUAACAUUCUAAUCUGAAAUAAUGGCAUCUUGUAUUUGGGAUUGAUUGUUCAAAUUAAAUAUGUCUCAUUGUACAUUCUCUACCAAAAGUAUUGUUUUAAUCAAAAUGUAUCACUUUUCUUUCCAUUUUGUAGGACAUACAGUCACAGGAAAAAGAAAGUAUGCCCUCUUUAAAGGGACACUGUAGUCACCAGAACAACUACAGCUUAUUGUAUUUGUUCUGGUGAUUAGAAUCAUUACCUUUAGGCUUUUUGCUGUAAGCACUGUCUUUUCAGAAAAAAUGCAGUGUUUACAUUACAACCUAGUGAUAACUUCACAGGCCACUCCUUAGAUAGCUGUUAGAUAUCCUUCCUGGGUCAUGGCUGCAUCCAAACAUUCAGUGUCUCCUCCCUCUGCAUGCAGACACUGAACUUUCCUCAUAGAUUCAUUGAUUCAAUUCAUCUCUAUGAGGAGAUGCUGAUUGGCCAGGGCUGUGUUUGAAUUGUGCUGGCUCUGCCCCUGAUCUGCCUCUUUGUCAGUCUCAGCCAGGGCCGGACUGGCCCACCAGGAUACCGGGAAAUUUCCCGGUGGGCCGCGGCACCUGGGGCUGGGCUGACAGCCCCAUUCAGAACUGAACAGGCUCCUGUGAUCCCGGCCGGCCAUGUGCGAGCUGUGCGGCCGCACAGGGCCCAAUGGGAGCAGGGGGAGCCAGGCAGCCAGCACAGCUCACACAUGACCGGCCGGGAUCAUAAAAGCUUAGCGUGUGGCGGGGCGGGGCUUAGCGUGCGCGGGGGGCCUGGUAAAUGCAGCAUGGGAAGCAGGAAGGCCUGCUUCCCCAACAACCAGCCUCCAGGAGCUCCAAGGGAUCAGUGUGGUCAGUGUGUCUGUGUGUGACUGCCUGUGUGUGUAUGUGUGACACUGUCUGUGUGUGUGACUGUCUGCCUCUGUGUGUAUGUAUGACUGUCUGUCUGCCUGUGUGUGUGACACUGUCUGUGUGUGUGACUGUCUGCUUCUGUGUGUAUGUAUGACUGUCUGCCUGUGUGUGUGUGUGUGACUGUCUGCCUCUGUGUGUAUGUAUGAUUGUCUUCCUCUGUGUGUGUGUGUGUGUGUGUGUGUGUGACUGUCUGCCUGUGUGUGUAUGAGACACUGUCUGUGUGUGUGUGUGUGUGUGUGUGUGUGACUGUCUGCCUCUGUGUGUAUGUAUGAAUGUCUGCCUGUGAGAGAGAGACUGUCUGCCUCUGUGUGUAUGUAUGACUGUCUGCCUGUGUGUGUGUGACACUGUCUGUGUGUGUGUGUGUGACUGUCUGCCUCUGUGUGUGUGUAUUAUUUGCCUGUGAGUGUGUGGCUAUCUGCCUGUGUGUGUAUGACUAUCUGCUUGUGUGAUUGUGUGGCUAUCUGCCUGUGUGUAUGUAUGAUUGUCUGCCUCUGUGUGUGUGUGUGUGUGUGACUGUCUGCCUGUGUGUGUGUGUGUGACUGUCUGCCUGUGUGUGUAUGACACUGUCUGUGUGUGUGUGUGUGUGUGUGUGACUGUCUGCCUCUGUGUGUAUGUAUGAAUGUCUGCCUGUGUGUGUGUGUGUGAGAGAGAGACUGUCUGCCUCUGUGUGUAUGUAUGACUGUCUGCCUGUGUGUGUGUGACACUGUCUGUGUGUGUGUGUGUGACUGUCUGCCUCUGUGUGUGUGUAUUAUUUGCCUGUGAGUGUGUGGCUAUCUGCCUGUGUGUGUAUGACUAUCUGCUUGUGUGAUUGUGUGGCUAUCUGCCUGUGUGUGCUUGACUGUCUGCCUGUGUGUGUGUGUGUGUGUGUGUGUGGCUUUUGGUGUGUGUGUGGAUGUCUGCCUCUGUGUGUGUGUGUGGAUGCCUGCCUCUGUGUGUGUGUGUGUGGAUGCCUGCCUCUGUGUGUGUGGAUGUCUGCCUGUGUGUGUGUGUGUGUGUGGGUGCCUGCCUCUGUGUGUGUGGAUGUCUUUGUGUUUGUGCAUCUGCUAGUGAGUGAGUGAGCUUCUGUGUGUGUGUGUGCGCGCAUCUGCUAGUGAGUGAGCUUGCAUGCGUGUCAGUGAGCUUGUCUGUAGGGACCGUGUGUGUGUUAGUGUGCUUGUCUGUAGGGAGCAUGGGUGUGUCUGCUCCUGUCUGUGGUGAGCAUGUGUGUGCAGUGAGCUUGUCUGUAGUAAGCUUGCGUGUGUAUCAGAGUUUGUCUUUACUAAAUUUGUGUGUGUACCAGUAACCUUGUCUGUGUGUGUCAUUGAGAUUGUCUGUCAAUGCAUCAGUAAGAUUGUCUGUGUCUGCAUGUGAGUAUGCUUUACUGUAUAAUUUAAUUACCCUAAAAGGACUAAUAAUUUAAAUUGAAAAAGAAAUAUUCCAAUAAUAACAUAUAUAUAUAUAUAUAUAUAUAUAUAUAUAUAUACCGGUGUGUAUAUAUAGAUAUGUGUGUGUGUGUAUAUGCUAUGUAGUGUGUGUUAUAUAACACACACUACAUAGCACAAUGACUUAUGGGGCUGCCAUAGAUUUUUUUCCAGGGCUGCUUCGUGUCCCCAGUCUCAGCCAAUCCUAUGGGCAAGCAUUGUGAUUGGAUCAGGCUACCACUUCUGCUGAUGUCAGCAGGCAGUGGGCAGGUCUAAAGGAAACAGGAAAAAAGUAAUCAGCUCCAGACUUGAAUACAAGUAAGACUUGACUAGAUGUAGGGAGGCAUGAGGGGACCAGGGUGGCUAGAUGGUGGUUUUAACCCUAUAGGGUCUGGAAUACAUGUUUGUGUUCCUGACCCUAUAGUGCUCCUUUAAAUUAUAUUGUUUUACAUAUCAGGACAUAAUAACAAUCAUUUUUCCCUUAGUAAGUCUUAAAAUUAAGUAAAUACAGCCAACAACAGAUGACAUAUUACACAUGAUUUAUUUAACAAAAAUAAAGCCAAAAAGGAGAAGCCAUGUGUGAAAAACUUAGCACACCGUAUGAUUCAAAAGCUUGUUGAACCGCCUUUCGGAGCAAUAAGUUGACUUUUUCAUUUUCUGUAUGAAUUUCAGUCUCACAUCGUUGUUGAGGAAUUUUGUCCUAUUCUUCUUUACAAUGUUUCUUCAGUUUAUUGUGGUUUUCUGGCAUUUGUUUAUACACAACUCUCUUAAAGGACCUGCCACAGCUUUUCAAUCGUGUUAAGGUUGGGACUUUGACUGGGCUAUUGCAACACCACGAUUCUUAUAUUUUUUAGCCAUUUUGUUGUAGAUUUGAUGGUGUGCUUAGGAUUAUUGUCCUAUUGCAUGAACCAAUUUCAGCCAAGCUUUAGCUGUCGGACAGAUGGGCUCUUUGGUAUACAGAGGAGUUCAUGGUCGACUCACUGUCAGCAAGGUUCCCAGGUCCUGUGGCUGCAAAACAAGGCCAAAUCCUCAAUCCUCGCUCACCAUGUUUGACAGUUGGCAUGAGGUGUUUGUGCUGAUAUGCUGUGUUUGUUCUUCGCCAAACGUGGCGCUAUGUAUUAUGGCCAAACAUUUCCACUUUGGUCUUGUCUGUCCAAAGGACAUUGUUCCAGAAGUCUUGUGAUUUGUUCAAAUGCAACUUUGCAAACCUAAGAAGUGCUGCCAUGUUCUUUUUAGAGAGAAUAAGCUUUCUCCUGGCAACCUUUUCAAACAGACCAUACUUGUUCAGUCUUUUUCAUGAACCUUAACAUGCUAAUUUCAGGCCUGUGGAGUCUGAGAUGUAAUUCUUGUUUUGUUUUUUUUGUUGUUGCAAUUUCUCUGAACAUAUCACGUUAUGUCCUUGGGGUGAAUUUGUUGGAACAUCCACUUCUGGGUAGACUAGCAACUGUCUUGAAUGUUUUCCAAUUUUAAAUAAUCUUUCUCACUGUUGAAUGAUAGACUUUUAAAUUGCUUGGGAAUGACCUUAUAGCCCUUCCCAGUUUGAUAGGCAGCAACAAAUGUUUCUCUAACAUCAUUGCUGAGGUCUUUCCCAAUUGGCAUUGUGCUAAAACACACCUGAAUGCUGAAUGCUCUAGACCAGCAAACUGCUAAAGCGUUGGAUUUUAUAGAAGUGGUCACACAUACUGAUAAUCAAUUAAUCAAGGGCAUUUGUUUAGCAGCACCUGUCUGCUACUUACCCUCUUAAUCCCUAUGGAAGCAGUUUGGGUGUACUUAGUUUGUCACACAUGGCUUCUCCAUUUUCACUUUAUUUCUGUUACAUAAAUUAUGACACGGUGUAAUAUGUCAUGUGUUGUUGUUCAUCUGAGGUUAUAUUUACCUAAUUUUAAAACCUGCUAAGGAACAGAUGAUUGUUAGUAUGUUCUGAUAUGUAAAACCAUAGAAUUCAAAGAGAGUGUACUUUCCGUUUCUCAUGACUGAAGAGAGCAUAAAUACUAGCUGCAUAAAGCCAUUCCUGAAAUUUGCCUUUUCUUUAAAUUUUUGUCGUUUUUAAUAAUCUCCAGGAGAGCCCUAUCAUUAAAGUCAUUAACAUUAUUAACGGUCAUCAUAAAUAGAGCUCUGUAGGGAGAGUGUUGUCAGACUUAACCUCCCCCCUAUUGUUUGAUAACUACAACUCCCUUUACUACCUGCCAGCUUAAUGCUGGAUGUGGGAUUUGCCUCCUAACAGCUGCUGGGUGGUUACAGUUCAGCAUCUUACAUUUGGAGUGUAUGUAUACUCAAUCACUGCAGCUGUACUUUUCAGACAUACUAACAUUACCACUGGCUAGCCAGAAAUAAAGGUCAUCCGUGAAGGACAGAGAAGUCAUUUAAGUGUUAGAAAUUGCUUACUAUGGCAUUUAGCAUAAACAAAUAAAAAAAAGUCAUAUUUGAUGAUAACCAUUUUCUGUUGUUUGUGAUGUGUGUUAUUACUUUUUCUUUAUUUAGUUUUUUUUUGUAAAGAAAUGUGUUAGUAUUACAAAAUUUUGGUGGAUCUUGCAUCUUAUUUCAUGUAAAGAUAUUAAAUAGAUGCAUCUAGUAUACAGACUGCAAAUAAAUAAUACAAGCAAUAGAUUAAACUAUAUAUUAGAUUACUCCUCCUGUCUUUCUGGUUCUGGACUCCAAGACAAUGAAAAGCUUUACAAUACCUUUGUCAUCUUAGUCUGUUUAUAACCGCAUAUCCCUGUCCUUGUGUGUGAAUUAUCUAAUGUGCAACGCCAGUGUUUUCACAGGGGGGAUAUGCAUGCCAUCACCUAAGUUUACAGCAAAUGCAAGGGAAGCUCUGUGUGUUGAAUAGACGAGGGUAACAAGAAAAUAGGACUGUGCAGCACUGAAAAGUACUGACAGCUCGAUUAUUCUACUUGCCAAGAUGAACCUGAUACAUAAAUUGCUGUACUGACCUGCUUCAGUCACUAAACCCCUAUUUGUGUUGGACAGCGUUAAGCUCAGGAACUCAGGAAGUGCUGUGAACAACUUGAUGCACACUCAGCUCAUACUUGGGAUUCUUGGGCAAAGCACCUUUCUCUGAUCAGCAAUAACUGUUUCCCAAGUCUGCUGUUGGCUUGGAGCUGAAACGGUGCUGUCUCAUGACAACGCCUAAUCUGUGUGUCCACGCUAGGUACAUUCCCAGGUGACCUCUUACUGGGAUGCGGAGGCCUUAUUGGUCUCCUUCCAUGGUCUUGUGGGAUACGAGUAGACUGCAGUCGCUUCUCGCUAGUGCCCCUCUAGCUCAGCCCCCUCUGAUAAAGUUAGUGAUGCAAACGUGCUUGCAUCAUUGAGCAAACUACAUUUUGACGCUACAGGCGAGUUACUGACCAAUCUCUGUCCUCCUAAUGUUAUUUAAACCCAUUUUGGCUCUACUUCUAUGCCCUGUCAUGGUUUCUGUUUACUGGCUAUCAGAGAGCACAUUUAUCUCGUAUUUCUCUUGGUUUGUUAUUGACUUUCUUCUUUCUAUAAUCCUUGACAUUUUGGCCUGUCUUAUUGUACUUGUCUCAUGCUGUAUCCCAGACCUUGACUUGUCUCAGACUAUUCUAUUUUGACUUUCAUAUUAUUUCAUAUAAGGAACAUGUCAGUGUCAAGUAUUGCUAAGAUUAAUUUGUUGCUUGAAUUUUGCAUUGUAUUUAAAUGGAUAUCUUCAAACAAGAAACUUAUGCUUAAAGGACCACUAUAGUGCCAGGAAAACAAACUCGUUUUCCUGGCACUAUAGUGCCCUGAGGGUGCCCCCACCCUCAGGGUCCCCCUCCCGCCCGGCUCUGGGGAGAGGAAGGGGUUAAACACUUACCUUUCUCCAGCGCCGGGCGGGGAGCUGUACUCCUCCUCUCCUCCUUGCUCGCGACGUCAUCGGCUGAAUGCGCAUGUGCGGCGGCGCGAUUCAGCCCGGUCACAUAGGAAAGCAUUUACAAUGCUUUCCUAUGGACGCUUGCGUGCUCUCACUGUGAUUUUCACAGUGAGAAGCACGCAAGCGCCUCUAGUGGCUAUCAAUGAGACAGCCACUAGAGGCUCUGGAGGCUGGAUUAACCCUCAGUAUAAACAUAGUUUCUCUGAAACUGCUAUGUUUAUAAAAAAAAGGGUUAAUCCUAGCUGGACCAGGCACCCAGACCACUUCAUUAAGCUGAAGUGGUCUGGGUGCCUAGAGUGGUCCUUUAACACACAAAUGACCCCGAUAUAAGUAUAGAUAUUUUUAAUGAAUGUCCAAGGUAACUACGCUUGGAUUUUUUUUUUUUUUAAUUCUUUAUUUUUUUUUUGUGUGCAUGAGGUAACAAAACAUCUUACAAUGCCACAACAGCGUAUGUAAGCACAAUAAUAAUAACAGUUUUUCACAUAUAGGGCAUUAAAGUAGUGGCACAUUUUAGGUGUAGAUAUAGACAGGUUAUGCAUACACAUCUAAUUGUAGGUCACAACGGUUAAAAAGAAAAAAAAAAGUAAAAGGCUAAACGUGCAAGAUGUGGUGUAUAGAAUGCUAGGUACAAUAACUGAGUGUUGUGAGUGUAGGAAACAGGCUAGGGCCAUUAGUUUACUUCACAAGAUCAGCUUAGUAGCAAUGAGUUAGAUUACAUAUAUCUAUGCUUAAGGAGGUCAGAAACAAAUGAUUAAUUAUGGUAAGCAUAAUACUGCAGUGUGCGGUCAAACAAACGUAUGAGACACAGUGUAGUGUACAACUGACAGCAUGCUUGAUCCAGGCAGUAUGUUAUAACAAAUAGGCAUAGAUAUAGCAUGAAUGGCAAUAGUGCUGCUCAUGUUAUAGAGAUUUAACAUUUCUUGUGAUACAGUAACCUAUCCAUUAGUAUGUGCUAAUUCAGAUGCGUUCAGAUGCUAAGUAAUACAAAGGUAUAAUCAUGCGAGGCAAACUUCUCCGAACAAUAUAUACUGGCGAUCAGUGAUGCUGUCUAUACAUGAGGAGGAUUAAGUAUACACAUGGAAAGCACGGUGCAUAUAAAAACAGAAAGAAAAAAAUAUUAAACAAAAAUAGGGUAUAUGCAUCAGGAGUAACUAUAAAUGAGAGUGACCCCUUGGAGGCCCCUAAUACCCUUCAUUUGUGAGUCCCACUCAUUCAAGACAAAAAGACAGAAAACUUCGGAGUCUCUUGUGGGUGCCGUUGGAACGACUUGCCAGGAGUGGGAAAGUCCUCAGCUCAUCUUUGGAGCUAGUCAAUCCCCUGUUGGAGCCAGACUAAGUUUUGCCAUGAGAGUCCUGGUGUCAGAACCAGCAGCCACAGGCGUGGAGGCAGGUAAGCUCAGAGUAGCAUUCAGGCAAGGUGUUCGACGUCUGUCUGAUCUUUGCUAGUGGCAACAGUGACUUACUUGGUUUGUGGUGCAGAGUAGUCGUGCUGCGCCUUAAUGGGUCACCAACCCUUCGCUCCACCUUGGGUCUCCUCCAGCGUCGUCGUGCCACUCUAGCUUGAUGGGCAACAUCUGCAGCUUGGGAAGCUUCUCUGCACUGUUGUCCUGCAGCCGGAGAUCUGCUUGGUGUGACGGGUCCCAUACUCGCUUGUAACUUCGGCUCCCUCAAUGGCUCCUUCUUCCGUACUGCCUUGCACUGACUCUUAGAUGGGGGACGUCGCACGCCACUCCGCCAUUUUGGGGCCUGCUCCACCGCAUUUGACGCCGUCUUCCUGAGUUCCCGGUCGAGUUGCACAGACUGUCCUCUGGGUGGAUAUGCACUCGUUUGUAUUGCGACUUGCAUUGUGGAAUCACUCAACCACUGUAGGGUGGUUUGAGGCAUCUUGCUUUCAAGCUUCUGCCAGAAAUCCUCUAAUUUUCUCCAGUCGAGUCAUGAUGGUAGGUGCUGUAGCUCUAAGGUUGGUGGAAUGCAUGGCAUCCGCCAUUAUAGGUGAGUUGUUGUGCUGCGUGCUCAGUCUUAUGUACGCCAUGAUGUGGUUAUUUCACAUUCCUGGGCUACCAUAUGGUCUCAAAAGGCAACACAGACCCAGCAAACCAAUCUGGCAAAGUGAAUUGGGUAAUCCCUAUAUUGACCCUGUAACUUUCCAAAACACCAUAAAACCUCUACAUGGGAGGUUUUGUUAUACUCAGGAGACUUCGCUGAACACAAAUAUAAGUGUUUAAAACAGUAAAAAUGCAGGGUCUGACAGCAGGGAGGCGUGGGAGGUGCGAGCGGACAGGAAAAUCAGCCUUGCUGCUGCAUUCAUUAUAGAUUGCAAUGGUGCAAUCUAGGAACACGUAAGACUACUGAGAAGAGUAUUGCAGUAGUCCAGGUGAGAGAGAACAAAAGCAUGGACCAGCACAUUAGCCGCAUCUGGGGUUAGAUAGGGGCGGAUGCGCGCUAUGUUUUUGAGAUGGAAGCGACAGGAUUUGGCGAUUGAUUGGAUGUGAGGAGUGAAGGAGAGGUUGGAGUCAAAAAGAACACCCAGGCAGCGAGCCUGCGAGGUAGAGGUGAUGGUAGCACCGUUGACUUGGAGGUAGACAGACACGGGAGUAGUAACACUUGAGGGAGGAAAGACCAGAAGUUCUGUUUUGGACAGGUUGAGUUUAAAGAAGUGAGCAGCCAUCCAUUUGGAAAUCGAAGAGAGGCAGUCAGAGACACGAGUCAAGAUGGGCGGAGAGAGAUCAGGAGAGGACAGGUAAAUUUGCGGGUCAUCAGCAUAGAAAUGAUAAUGGAAGCCAAACGAGCUGAUGAGUUUACCAAGGGAGGCAGUGUAGAUAGAGAACAGUAGGGGACCAAGGACAGAACCUUGGGGGACGCCAACAGAGAGUGGUUGGGAGGAGGAGGCAGAGUCAGAGAAAGAAACACUGAAAGAGCGCUGGGAGAGGUAGGAGGAGCACCAGGAGAGAGCAGUAUCCCGUAGACCAAAAUUACCGAGAAUGUGAAGCUGUUGAUGAUCAACAGUAUCAAAGGCAGCAGAGAGAUCAAGGAGAAUUAGGAUAGAGUAAUGGGCGUGAGAUUUAGCAGCAAUUAAAUCGUUGGAUACUUUCGUCUCAGCUGUUUCGACAGAAUGAACUGCGCGAAAUCCAGAUUGAAGGGGGUCAAGCAGAGAGUUGGUUUCGAGAAAGUCAGUCAGUCUGGUGUACACAACUCUCUCUCGAGGAUCUUGGAGGCAAAUGGCAGUAGCGAGAUAGGGCGGUAGUUGGAUGGGGAGUUGGGGUCGAGGCUGGCCUUUUUCAGAAUUGGGGUUAUGGUUGCAUGUUUGAAGGGUGAGGGAAAUGUGCCAGAGGAAAGAGAAAGAUUGAAAAUUUUAGUGAGGGGAAGAGCUAGAGAGGGAGACAUAGUGCGGAUGAGAUAUGAAGGAAUAGGAUCGAGGGAACAGGUGGUGGGGCAGGAGGACCGGAGCAGAGAAGAGACCUCUUCUGCUGUAGCAGGUGCGAAUGAGUGUAGAAUGGUGGAGGGAGUGGGGUUGGGUGAUGUAUUGGUAGAGGAAGGAGAGAAAUUAGCGAAUUCUUCUCUGAUUGUAGAGAUCUUCUCAGUGAAGUGAGUUUGGAGGUGUAGAGUGAGAUAGCCGAGUUAGGGCAAGUUAGAUUUGAGAUGGGUAAAAGGAGAGUAUUGAGUUUUUUUGAGAAAUGCUGGAGAUCAAGGCAGUUGAGGCUUCUGCGAGAUUGGAGAGUUGAGGGUGGUGAAAUUUGGAUACGGGGUAUGCUGAUAUCAAAUGUUAGUAAAUGGUGGUCAGACAAAGGAAAUGGAACAGUGGAGAGAUUAGAGGUGGUACAGAGAUUCGUGAAGAUGAGGUCAAGAGUGUUUCCUGCUGUAUGAGUUGCUGAAGUAGACAACUGCGUGAGGCCAAAGGAGGAGGUUACAGAGAGCAGACGGGAGGCAUCAGGGCAGUUGAGGUUGUUGAUUGGGAUGUUAAAGUCCCCAAGUAUGAGGGAGGGAGUGCUAGAGGAGAGAAAGUGGGGUAGCCAUGAAGACAUGGAUGCAUGAUGACCAGCUGUGAAAAUUCCAAGUUCGAAAACUGGAAUGCACACCUUCCAAAUAAGGUCUUUUAGCCCCCAGAGAACCUGACACACCUAUACAUGGGUAGUAUCACUGUACUUAGGAGAUGUUGCUGAACACAUAUUGGGGUGUUCUUUGGCAGUAACCCUUAAAGUUCUCCGUACAAGUAUUCUUAAAUUGCUAGGUGUGUCAAAAAAAUCGCCAAUUAUUAUUAUUUUUUUAAAUUUGGCAUAGAUUGGUGGUAAAAUGGUUGUAUGAAAAGUCAUAAUACCCCAAGUUUAAUACCUUAGGUUGUCUUCUUUAAAAAAUAUAUACAUGUGAAGGGUUAUUUCGUAUAGAUAUCAGUGUUACAAUGUGACUUAAUUUUGAGAAAAUAAAAAAUGGUUUGGAAAUAGCAAAGUGCUACUUUUACCUAUUGCCCUAUAACUUUCCAAAAAAAGCUAAGAACAUGUUAACAAUGGGUAUUUCUAAACUCAGGACAAACUUUAGAAACUAUGCGUAACUAAUUAUGGGGGUCAAAGUGUGUUUUUUGUUUUUAAAUUUUUUACCAUAUUUGAUAACUUUUUUAGAGUACAUUAUAUGAUAUGAUAAAAUAAAUGGUAUCUUUAGAAAGACUAUUUAAUGGUGACAAAAACUGUAUAUAAUAUGUGUGGGUACAUAAAUGAGUAAGAGGAAAAUUACAGCUAAACACAAACACUGCAAACAAAAAUGUAAAAACAGCCCUGGUCCCAAACAGUAAGAAAUUUUUUUUUUUUUUUUUUUUAUUCUUUAUUUUUGCAAGUGCAUAGAUAAUCACGUUUCAAUACUGCCAGAGAAUGUUACAGUAGUCGACAAUUGGUGACAUUUUGGUUUCAGCUUCAAGAUACUUUGCACUUUUUUUUUUUUUAAAUAAAUUCAAGAGUAAGCAUAGACAGGCAUAACAGAAUAAAAUAACAAUCAGGUUAAACAGUUUUGCUUGAGGUCAUAUUACUAUAGUUAGUCAUAUAUUGUAAGCGAUCUGCACAAUUUUAAGUGCUUAGUUACUCAUGGGUUAACUUUAAGGUAAACAUAAUAGACAAACCAGUAAAACACAGGCUAAACCAACAUGUCUGUAUAUCAUCGGGUGCUUUGCGUUUUGGUCGAGCAGGCUAGCCAGUCAUGGUUAAUCUAUAGCAUGCAUAAAUAUAAAAUGUAGUAUGGUUUAAAGAUUAAAUGAAAAAGCUUAUUUGCUGGACUAUAUAGUCAAACAUGCUUUUCUAUAUGGAAGACAAAGGGGACUGGUUUACGACUUGCUAGUAAACGACAUGUUGCUGUAAAAAGGGUCUGCUGUGUCUAGAGCAUGGUCUCAAUACUUCGGCGAUGGAGCAUAUGCUCGUUCUUUGGUUUUAGGUGCUCGCCUUGGGACCUUAAAAAAAAAAAAAAAAAAUGUGUUGGGAGUAUAUCGGAGUCUGAAACUUGGAGGGUGCGCCAAAGUUCAACUCCCAGGUCGGGUAGCAUCCGGGUAGAAGCAAGGGUCCCAUGGUGUGAGUGUGGGCUAUGGAUGGAAGCCGGGUGAUGAGGCAGUCCCCACGUACCUAGCCGAUGCCCGUUCUGGGGGCAGUGGUUGCGGGUCUGGGGCAGCACAACAAAACAAAUACAUGCCGUGAGCAUAACGGCCCCUGUGGUGUGAAUUGUGAUGGACCAAGUAAGGCUGAAUUUUGCUAGGGGAACCGUGUAGGUGCUGGGUCACGUAAGGUGUUUUCUGGUAACGGGCUUGGCAUGUCCCCUGGGGGUUGUGCUUAGUGAGGUUGUAGCUUAACUUGAGGUGGACAACUGAGCAGGGUGAAGAGGUAUACAAUAAUUCGGGGUGUCCGCGGCUAGGGUGUGGACUAGUAGUGCAGGCAAAAACAAAACCUUAUAUUUGAACCUUAUUUACACAUGUCCCACAACAAUGUGCGUGGUGCGGCUCGGUCAGCCCGCUAAGGGCACUCAGGUCGGGCCACUGUCCGUGAACUCCUGGGGACAAAAGUUUCAGAGUUAGCUGGGUUCCAUACAUGUGGUCUGGAGGGGAUGUUUGGUUGCUGCAGAGUGUCUAGUGGGAGGCCCAAGGUAGCGAGUUGUGUCUUCGCCUCCUGCAGGUCCGCUAUGAGGCAUGUGUUGUCUCCCUGCAACACCUGGAGCUUGUGUGGUGAGCGCCAUUGAUAUUUAAUAUUAUGGACGCGGAGUAGGGUGGUGAAGGGUCUCAUGGUUAAGCGCCAGGCCAUAGUUCCUCUGGAUAAAUUGGAGUAUAACGAGAGGGCCAUGUCUUCGAAGGGGUAUGGUGUGUUCCCCCUGAUGGCGGUCAUAACCGCUGCUUUGUCCUGCCGCUUUUGAAACUUAACAAUUCCGUCCCUGGGUGCCGCCGGAGGAGCCGUUGUUGGUUUGGGGAUUCUGAAUAUGCCAUCUAGGCAUACCCCUUUAGCUUGCUUCGGUUGGAGUAUGUUGCCUAUGAGGCGCCUCAUGAGGUGAGGGAGUUCUGAAUCCGGGACUGACUCUGCUAUGCCUCGAAUCUUUAUAUUUUGGGCCCUGCGCGAGUCUUCCAGUACCGCCAUUUUCUGUUCCACUCUCAGGUGCUGCUGUUGCAGCGUUUUUACCUCCUGCUGGAGCCUGGCUACAGUCCUCGAGUUGCUGAGGGAAUCUUGUUCCACGGCUCCCAUGCGGUUUGUUAGGCCCUGUAUGUCUUUCCUCAUGUCGGCUACAUCCGCUUGGAUGUUCCGGCGGAGCUCUGCCAGCAGCUCUCUCAUUUCGGCCUUUGUGACCGGGGCCGUGUCCGGCUGCGUUCUCGGUUGCACUACCCCUUGUGGUACGGGUAAGUGUGUGGCUUCAUGCUCCGAGAGUUGUUCAUCGGAGUCGUUGAAGUCGUCAAGGUAGGCGUCCAUGUUAGGUUCCGAGGUUCCAUGUGCUCGCCGCCAUAGGUCCCCUAAGCUGGUGCCCGGCUGGGGCAUUUCUUGUUUUGGCUUUUUGCUUUUUCUGCCCAUUGGUAGUCCACUGUAGUGGGGCAGUCUUUUGAGGUUGCUUUUGAGGGGGUAAAAUAGUUUUUUCUUGCUUUUUCUCCGUUAGAUCUCGGAGCUCUCAGGAGAUGCGACCCCAGUAAGAAAAUUUAAAAGUGGUCUAGUCACUAAGGAGUUAUAGGAACAUAUAUAGGGUCAAGAACACAAAAUUAAAAAUCACACCUAGCCCCCCCUUGCCACCCUAAAUAUAGUAAACUCUUACUUGUAUUCAAGUCUGCAGCUGCUGCCUCGGCCCCUGACCUGCCUGCAUGCCUGACAUCAUCAGAAGUGAUUAUGUGUGCCAAUCACAAUGCUUUCCCAUACGAUUGGCUGAGACUAUCAAGAAGGCAGAGCCAGCACAAGUCAAACACAGCCCUGGCAAAUUAGCAUCUCCUCAUAGAGAUGCAUUGCAUACACUUUUCUCUGAAAAGACAGUAUUUACUGCAAUAAGCAUGAAGGGAAUGAUUCUACUCACCAGAACAAGUAAAAUAAGCUGUAGUUUUUCUAGUGACUAUAGUGUCUUGUUUAAUGAUUUUAAGAUGUAUGGGAGUUAAAAUCAAAAAGGGCCACACUUGAAUCUGCUCUAAUGGGGCCUUCUGCUAUCUUUGAGGCAAGCUGGAAGACCUCGGACCACAAAACGGUUAUUGAAGAGCACUACCAAAAGUAGAAUAGAGAGAAAUAUGUUCCACUAAACCUGAAACUUCUUCAGCAUGUUCCAGGUAAAAAGGGUAAGGUUACAGUUUUAACCUACAAACAUCUCAUUUCUAAAUUUCAAGAAUUUAACAUGCAGUCAUAGCCAGUUCCUGUAUCCAAUCUUAAACAUUUGGUAGCCAUCUGAAUAUGCCAGAGAAUCACGUGGUGUCCAUAAAAAAUAGUCUACUAAAAAGUUCAUAUUCUGACAAGAAACCUAUAAACUUUAAUACUUUCAAUAGUUGUGUUAUGCUCAAGAUCUGUCUUCCAUAUGGAAUUUCAUUGCACAUAUUACUGACAGUUAAAAACAACCACUUACCAUUACUAGUUAUACCCUCAGAAAAUAGCAUGGGUAAAAUAAAUUCUAUUUGGUCCAUUGUAAUGAGUUUCAGUGCAUUUUACAAAAUAUUGAAAAAAAACUGCACAUAAGUAAACCGGAAUGAUAGAAAGUACAGAGUAAAAUUUCCUCCUAAUUCUAUGACCCCUUUACAUGUCCCAUUAAGCAUAAAAAUGAAAGGUAAAUAAGCUUUAAAUCCUCACAAAGCAUGUGCGAACUGUCUAGCUAACAAGACAUGGCCCUUUCAGGGCUGCAGCAGAAUACAAUACUGCAGAUAUCAAAGGAACACUAUAGCUGUCUACUGCAGAUAUUCAAGGAACAAUAUAGCAUUAUGAAUGUAAAUGUGAAUUCCUAACGCUAUAGUGUCCUAGUAACUAUUUAGGUUGAUCAGUCAACCCCCACGCCAUGCUGCUCUGUAUGCGUCUGGCCCGUCUCCCAUCAAGAUUGAUGAUCUCAACUAAUCCAAUGUUUUCUCAUAGGGACGCAUUGUGAGGCUAAUACAAAUGUGUGGCAUAACGCCACUCUGCAGCAAUCAGUCUCUAUGAGUGCUCAUCUAAUUCUGCGCAAGUACCUCUGGUGGCUUAAAUAUGGCAUCCACUAGAGGCAAUAAACUCUGCAAUGUAAACAUUGACGUCCCUUUAAUAAAAUUUAAAUAGCUGUGCACAAUCACCAACACUGCUGGUCUCCCCCAGAUCCCCUGUACACACAGAGGAAAUCUGUGACUGGUUCUCAGUAACAUAAAAAAUGAGUUGGAGUAGAGGGCCUGUUUUUGACCCCUCCCCACUCUGCUUAAUAGGGCUCUCUAAAAACUCUCUGUAAAAAUGAUUUAGGGAUAUAGCCACUGUUUUACUGGAGACAUCCUGGGAGAUCAAAAAUGCAAUCUAAUGUAUGGUUAAGUGUGCCGUUAGUGUGGUUCACCAGAUACUGAUUUUCUUCUUAGAUAUUGGUGUUGGUCUGUUUAAUUGUAAAACCACAGAAAAAAUGCAAAUACCACAGAAAGAAAAUGGAUGCCACUAGAACAGGCCGCCUUAAAUCCAUCUUAAAAUACCACAGAAAGAAAAUGGAUGCCACUAGAACAGGCCGCCUUAAAUCCAUCUCGUAAUCCGCAAAACAUAAUUUUGCAGCGUCCCAAUAAAUAUCGUUUAUAAAAGAAAAGCAUUUUAAAACAUAAAAUCCUCAACUAAUAUAACUCACCAGAACUAAAAAAAAGUGUUGAAAAUAUAAUUUGUUUUUUAUCACACUCCAGUAACUAGUACAUGUUUUACUGCAACUAAUAUAAAAGUCACUAUUUUCCGUUUAUCUAUCACUGACUACUAAAUAUGCAUGUAGAAGAACAUAAACUCUAGGUGUAAAGAUAUAUGCACCACUGGAAAUACUUUGCUGUCUUUUCCAUGGUAUAUAGUAGCAAUUGAUACAAAGUAAAAACAAUCUCUAAAAUACAUAAUUUUAUUGAAGACUAUGUUUAAAAUUGUUGUUUUCUAAAUAGUUCUGCAUUUUAAAUUUUGACAAAAAAUUUAAAUAAUAAAACAAAGAAAAUUAAUUAAGUAAUUUAUGUAAGUUGAAUAAUUUUUAAAGUGCUGUAAAGUUGGGUGGAAUGUAAAAUAAAAUAUUGUCUGUAAUACAGUGUACAGGAAAUCAAAGAGUUUACUGAGUGCUGAGAUUUUAUUUAUAUCCCACUGUGAACAUGUUUUAUACUGUGCAAGGCACUGUCUUGCUUUUUGAAUCUAAUUUGGAUUUGUGUGUGUAUAAAUAACACCUCGGUACUUUUCUUAUCUCAAUGUGAACUUCAUUGUUGUAGAUACUGUUGUAAAUAUAUUAACUAAUUCCUAAAAAUAGUUAAAGGGACACAAUAGGCACCCAGACGACUUCAUCUCGUUGAAGUGGUCUGGGUGAAGUGUCCCUGUCCCCUUAAACCUGCAAUGUGAAACGCCUCCUUCUCCGUAAAAGAGUUUAACUUUGUGAAAUGAUGUUGAACAUGCUUUGCAUGAGGAUGUCUAACGUCUUUGAAUUAUCCAUAAAAAAGCAUUGAUUUAAUGCUUUCCAAUGUGGAAGCUUUAAUGUUCGCAAGGUGCUUGCUGCACAUGCAUUUGUUUCCACCAUCGGCUUGACGUCGCAAAAGGAGGAGACCUAGCCAUCGCCAAGGGAGACUUGGGGCUGGAAAGAGGGGAGUUAACAAAGGAUUUUUAACCUGGGUUAGACCUAAAGAACGAGGGACAAGGACAUUAGCGUUAUAGUGUUAUUAUCUCAUCUAUCAAAUGCGCAACAGAAACAAUUGGAUCGGUCAGGGUCAUUAUAGUGUCGUCAGCAUACAUACACAACUUCAGUUCUUUAGAGGCUGCUGGAAACCCCUUAAUACCAGGAUUUGCCCUUAUUCUUAUUGCUAGAGACUCCAUAGAUAGUAUAUAUAGCAUUGGUGAAAGAGGGUAACAUUGGUUGGUACCAUUACCUAACAGAAAACAAUCGGAACAUAGAUCUAUUCCCACCACCCUAGCCAUUGGUUCUUGAUAUAUAGUUUUAAUUGCUGCCUCCAUCAAAGGCCCCUGUCAGAGGCCUUUUCUGCAUCCAAUGACAGGGUUAGAAUGGGAUUCCCUGAUCUCUCUCCCCAAUCCAAUAUAUUAAUCAGAUGUCUUGAAUUAGUGCUUGACUGUGUAGUGGGAACACAACCAAUCUGGUCUUCAUGAACCAAGCUAGGAAGAAGUAUUUUUUUCCUGUCUGCCAAAAUUGCUGAAAACAGCUUAGAAUCUACAUUUAUUAGGGAGAUCGGAUGGUAAUUCUCAAGUUCUUAUCCUUUUUUAAGAUUAGUAAUAUAUUAGCAUAUAACAUUUCAUUUGGUCCGGAACCCUUUUCCACAAUCUCAUUAAAAGCAUUUACUAGAUGUGCCGAUAAUAUAUCCCUAUAAACCUUAUAAAAUCUAUUAGCCAGACCUUCUGGGCCAGGGGUUUUAAAAUGUUCACAUUUUUCAAUGACCUGUUUAAAUUCUGCUUUAGAAAGAGGAACAUUCAUGAUGUUGUUUUGUUCCUGUGUUUAUUUUAGGAAAUUCUAUGUCCCUUAAAUAUUUGGAUAUUUGAUGUCCCUCGGGUUGUUUUGGUUUAUUAUAUAGCUCUUCAUAGUAGGUUUGAAAAGUGUAGGCUAUAGUUUCUGGGGUUUUGUAUAUUGUCUGAUCUUUUUUGAUGCAUGUUAUCCUGUUUUCCCCUCCUUUCCUUUUAAGCUUAUUAUUUAACCAUUUUGUUAUUUUGUUGUUCUCAUGGUAACAAUUAAUUUUCAUUUUCUCUAAAUUUUUAUUAAUUUGUUCCAUUUCUAUUUAGUUAAUUUUAUCUUUAAUAUCAUUUAAUUGUUUUAUCUUUUCACUAGUUAAAUGUUUUUUUAUUAUUUUUAGAUAACUUAUAAUGUUCUAUAUAUAGCUCUUCCCUCGAGGCUCCUUUUUUUCUUUGAAUUUUACUUUUACGUUUUAUCAAAUAUCCUUUUACUAGAGCUUUAAAAGCACACCAGAUCAUUGCAUAAGACAUUCCUUCAGUUUUAUUUUCUUUGACAUACAGUUCAAGUAAGUUUCUAAUAUAUUUUUGAUCUUCCAUUCUGGAAAGAAUAUUAUCAUCUAGACGCCAAGUAUUAAAAGGUUUAUAUUUUUUUAAUCUUUUAUAUCAAACAAAUUAUAGCCAUGAUCCGCCCAUGGAUUCUCCUUUGUUAUAAUUUUCUGGAUUUGUUCUACCAAACUAUUCUCUCCCAAAACCAGAUAAGUUCUAGAUAAUGAAUGGUGUACUCUAGAACGAUGUGUAAAUUUGUUUUCUUUUACGUGAUAGACUCGCCAUAUAUCCAACAAGUUAUUUUCUUUUACAUUUCUUAGAAUGUUGGAUUUUUUCUUUAAUUGGUUACUUAAGUUUCUGUUAUCUUUAGUUUUUGUUUUUUUAAUCUAAUACCGUAUCCAGGACACAAUUAAAGUCCUUUGUAAUAACUAACAUUCCCAUUUUAACUUUUACUACUCUAUCCAUUAUCUUUUUUAGAUACUUUGUUGGUGAUACAUUUGGCAGAUAGAGGUUUACAAAAGUGUAUUUUACAGAGUCUAUCUUACAAACUAGGAUUUGAUAUCUUCCUUCGUUAUCUACCUCUGUGUAUAUUAUCUCUUUAUUAAGCCAUUUUGAGAAGAUUAUAGCAACUCCUCUCUUUUUUUUUUUCCCCUCUCAAGAGAUGCUUGUAUAACUUCUUCGUAAAUCUCAUAUCUCCAUCUAAUUUUCUCUUCCCUUUUCCAAUGAGUCUCUUGUAUCAUGGCUAUAUCUAUCCGUUCCUUUCUGAGUAAUUCAUAUAGAAGUUUCUUUUUAAAUGGGGUAUUCAAACCUUGUAUAUUUAUAGAGAUACAUUUCAGAAUUCUAUCUUUCUCAUUUACUCCGUAUCUCAUUCUCAGCUCUCCUCACAGGAUCAACACAAAAAACUUCUACACAACACAAAAGUUCCCCUAAAAAAAGGGAAAACCACAUACAUUCUCACUUACAAAUGGAGGGCCUCCAUCCCCCUCUUAAUGUAUUCCUUGACAUUAUUCCCUAUAAUGUCAAGAGCUGAGAUCUACUAAGUGAUCUCCAAGCAAGGGUAUUUUAAGAGGUUGACCUGAGCCAGCGACUUCCAUAAUAAAUAUUAAUUAAUCCCUUGUUGACACUUCUGGCCAUUAAAGCAUAUGUAAGAACUGUAGCUAAGGAUAUAGAGUUUUAGACACUGAAUGCCAACCUAGAGAGGAGCAUAAAGAAAGGGCUUACCACUUAAAUAAAAUUAUACUUUUUCUUUAAAAUAAACGCACCCAUUUUGACGAAAGAUUAUCGUUUAUCUAACACUAUUAUAUAUUACCCGUAAAAUUGUGUGCUUAUUAUCUUUUGUUUAUAUAUAAUUUGCUCUCUCGUCUCACCCCCUUUGAAUGUCAUCCCCCCCUUUUUCUCGCUUUCCUUUCCAUAUCUCAUGUAAACUAAAAGUGCUAUAUAUUUUGUGGUCACUCUUUUUUGUGUAAACAUGUGCCUUUUUCUUUUCCCUUUAUAUAAUUCUAUAUAAAAGAUAUAUAUAAUUCUAUAAUUCUGUUUUUCUUUCCCCCUUUCUCUAUUUCUUUUCCUUUCUUUAUAUCUGUGCUGAUCACACUCUAUAUUGUGUAAUUCACUUAUAUUCCCAAUUUAUAUUUUAUAUAUGUAAAAAAAGGCCUUUAUCACAGUCCUCUGUGUUUCUUCCCCGUUCUCUUGUGACACUUAUUUCUGUGACUUGCUCCGUAUUACUUUGUGUCCUGUGCAAACAAAAAAAUUUAAAAAUUAAAAAGAAAAUUAAAGUUUCUUUCUCUUUCCUUUCCCUUCUCUUCAUGUAUCUCUAAAUGGCACCCUAUUCGCUUUUUAAUCUUUUCAUUUUAUUUGUUCUUUUGUCCAUUCCUCCAAUUCCCUUGCCUCCGCGAACAUUUUCUUUGUGUCUUUCCAGAAUACUGUUAUUGUUCUGUUAGGCCCCCAGCAGUAUUUUAUAUUAUGUUGUUUAAGUGGCAUCAGGGCUCGGGCAAAUUUUUUCCUCUUGAUAUAUUGUGAUGUUUUUAAAUCUUUCUUCUAUUAUCUUCUUAGUUCUACUUGCUUGGAUUAUUUGCUGUUUUGUUUGUAAAGAGAAUAAGGAGACCACGAUAUCUCUCUGGCAUGAAUCCAGGUUAUUUUGCGAUUUUCUCACCCGAUAUGUAUUUUCAAUCACCACUUCUUGAUUUUGUAGGUUGAUAUUUAGUGCUGCAAACAAUUCCAAUAAAAAAUAUUUUAUUUUCUCAUGGGUAAUGUCCUCAGAUAUAUAUUUUAGUCUGAUAUUUUUUAUUCUUUGUCUGUCCUCCAUUUGAUUUAAUCUGUGUUCUAAGUUAUUGAUAUCCAUCUUCAUUCUUUAUGCUCAUCAAUUGCUGCUUUAUACUGGAAAUCUAUUUUUUCAUAUUUUUCUUACAUUUUAAUUAGUUUCAUACCAAUCUCUUCUUUUUGUUGUUUUAAUUGACAUGUACUAUUACUUAUUUCCUUUUUGAAUGUUUCUGUUUGAUUUUCUAGAUUUAUUUGACUAAAUUUUUGUAAAUUAGACAAAGAGUUUAUUCUGUCCUCCAUAUGAGAUUCUUCUGAAAGUGAAUUAUCAACUCCUUGUUUAUUUUGGGGAGAGAAAACGGCAGACCUGUGUUUAUCUUGUUUGCUAUCCUUUUUUGAUAAAUUUUUCUUUGGAAUCUUUGCAGUAGCUAUUUUCACUACUUCGUUCACCAGCCCCCCUCCCUUUUUCCCCCCCUCCCCUUUUUUCCCCCCACUUUCCUUUCUCUUUUCUUUCUCCUUUCCUUUUCUUUUCCUUUUUUAUUCCCUUUUUACUUCACGUUCUCCUUUCUAGUUAAUAUAAACUAAUGUAGUUCCAAACUUAGGCUUCUGCAGUUGUCAUUAUCCUUAGGUUUUUGUUUUAACUUAGGUGUAGAUUUUUAAUUUAUCACAAUUUUUAUAGUAAAGUUUGCAACUGUCUUUCCCUAUAGGUAUUCCACAUAUAUAAUUAAGCAAAUUUUGAACCUUUUACUUUCUCUCCAUUUAUAUACAGAUUAUUUAUAUACUUCGUUUAUAUACAGAUGAAGUUUGUGGGUAUUAUAUAUUUUCAAAUUACAUCACUAGUAUUUCUUUGUAGAAUCCCAUCACCAUUUUUUUACUCAUAUGGGUUUUUUGAUUAUACUUGCUUUUGGCGUUUUCUGUUCUUUUUAGAACACAGGAUGGUUUCCAGUACUGCUGAGGAUUUCUUUUUUCCAGUAUUACAUCUUAUUUUCUCUGGUUAUAUAUAUUCUGUCCCUCUGCCUUAGAGACUUUCAAGUGGAGACCUAUAACCUUCUAUCUCCUAUUAUCCUGCUGCAAGAGUUCUUGUUACGGACUUAUAGCUUUCGUCUCCUUAAUCCCCUCUGCUCGUAGGCACUACCUCGUGGCUGCUUUUCGUCUGUUGGUCAGUCAGCCCCCUAAACCCCGCCUCCUGGUGCGUGAAUGUGUCACGUCAUCCCGUCCUCUUCUAAGCCUUAAUAUUUUGUAUUUCAAUUGCUUGUUGUCAGAUGUUCCCAUUCUGUAAUUGAAACCUUCAGUGUUAUCCCUUAGGAGGACUAGUUGGUAGCGUGCUCCUGUUGAUCAGAUUGUGUAUUGACUGAACAUAUUCGGUUCCUAUAGGCUAGUCUGCAAAGAUUAGAUGCAGGACAUUAGUACAUACAAAAUAACACAAUAGUUUAGUGACACUUUUUCUUUCAAAAAAUUUUAGAGCGUUUUUCCUUUAAACGCGAAAAACUGAAAGCUAAUUAAAAAUACUGAAAUAGUUAUUCUCUCUGCUGUAAGAUUUGCAUCCUAAGCAAUAUGUAGCCUGUGGCUUCUGUAAACCAUUAUAGCAUACGGGUAAGUUUGGAUUAAACUGAGACUCACACUGUGUUAUAUUGUCAUUGCUACAUUUUAGAAUUUUAACAGUAAAAACCUAAUAACGCAUGAUAGCUUUCCAUUGCAGAGUUAUAUCCUUUUAUAUAUUUGUUCUGGUCCAGGCAACUAGAGGAGAGGCUGAGUGUUCAUAUAAAGUUUGAGCUGAACCAGGAAACACGCUGGCUCCCAGACUGGAUGUGCGAUGUAUUUUAUUUCAAUUUGCGUAUAAAGAGGAGAAAUAGCCAUGAAGAAAUAAUAGAACUGAGAACAUUUACAGCAGAGGUUCUCUUAAACCAUGUACAUUCUUGUGCAAUAAACGAAACCCGCAGGAAAUAGUUUCCAUUAUAUUCUUUCUGUUGUUUUUCAUUUUCUUCUCACGUACUCCUUUGCUGUUUAAUUUUAUUUUCAGAAUUUGUUUUAUGAACGCUGUCCUUGUGUUGUGAACAUACAACUCCCAAUACGCGUUUAUUGAGAACCAUAGGCGUAAUACAUUGCCAGGCAUAAGUAUUAACCCCCUGUAACAUUUUCACAUUUUGUAGUAGAAUUAAAAUGGCACACUGCUCGGCCUUUAACCCGAGUAUGGCCUUUAAUACCCUGAUGGUGUACGUGAUCAGGGGGUAUAAUGCUCAAAUCUCUUCUUCCUGACUGUGAGAACAUUUACAUGCCAUAUUGCCUCUGCGGAAUAUAAUUACUAGUUGUUCCCUUGCAGGCUUGAAUUGCUUGAUGACAAGAGAACUGUCAAAAUAUUAUUUCUGGUAAAACACUUUCUAAAUAAACAUGAGCAUGUACAUCAACAAUAACUUUUUAUUUAUUUUUUUAACUUAUGUAUUCAAAACUUAAGACAAAUUUCAUAAAGUGUCUAAAAUUUAAAUACAAAUAUAGGCAGCAAAAUUCCAAGGGGAAGGGAAAGUUUAUAAUGAAACAAAAGAGAAAGGCAAAUGUGAUGCGGAACCACUUGCUGUCUGAAAGCCAUUCUAAUAAAAAAAGAAGGAUGUCGAUCCGUGAGUGCGAAGUGCAGUGUGAAAACACCUCUCAUACUGCAGUAGAGAGAAAAAAAAAAAAAAACGGGAAAGAUAUGGGAAGGGGCAGGAAGGGUAGAUUGGGAAGGAGGACAAAAGGAGAGGGUAGAAGAGAAGCAAAAUUAAAGAUUGAAGAGCGGAGGUAUUCAGAAAGUAAGAAAAAAGAGAAGUAAGGGGCUUAUUCAGAGGAUGUAUAUAGAAUCCAAUGAGUCCAUGUGUUAUAACCUGUUUUUAAAGGGACACUAUAGGUCCCUCGGGUUUUAACCCUACAAAUUUAAACAUCAGAGAAACUGCUAUGUUUACAUUUGGGGUUAAUCCAGCCUCUAGUGGCUGUCUUUCGGACAGCCACUAGAGGCGCAUCUGCGACGCUGGAGGUGAAUUUUGCGUCCAUAGGAAAGCAUUGACGGGGGAGAAGAGAUCACCAGCGCCGAGGGAGCCCGGCGCUGGAUUAAGGUAAGUAACUGAAGGGGUUUUAGUGAUCCUUUAAGUGUUCCAACCUUGAAGGGGAUUCUAAUCACAAUCCUAGCAAACAAUGAUUCACGUUUAUAUAACAGUUUGUUUCAUGUUUUUACAGUCUGGAAUAUAGUGGGAAUGUGUUAAUAUUUGUUAUGUUUUAUCAUGAAAGUAGCUGUAAAUUCUGUUUUAUCUCUUGUAUAUAGUAAUACAAGUUUUAUUUUGUUAGUGAUCUUAGCAUUACCAUAUGUUUUGUUAUUAGACAACAAUUCACUUCAGUACCAUGACCAUGGAAUAGUCUCAUUGAUUUUAAAAAUAUUUAUAUAUAUAUAUAUAUAUAUAUAUAUAUAUAUAUAUGUAAUUUAAUUUUACAUCCGCCAAAAAACCAGUUAGUAACGACUGUGGACAUACCUGGUACAUCAUUUAGUAAAUCGACACUUACCUGAUCACUGGCGAUCGCGAUCCUUGGGUCUGCCAGGAAGCUCAGGAAGACCCCCACUGCCAGAUCCGGCCCUCCCAGGCCAUGGGAGUCCCACGCCCAAUGGGCUCUUAAUCCAGACCUGAUUAUAAACUAAACUUUGGAUUUUGUCUGCAUGGCCAAAUUCUGUGAAAAUUACCAAAUUCCAGCCACAAUGGCAAUUCUCAUUAAUAAAGUCAAAUUCAGUUGGACCAAGCAAAUCUGCAACAAUUGCCAGGAAGCAUUUGGUAUACAUAUUAAAGUCAGGGCUUUUGCAUCCAAACCUUAUGCAAAGUAUAGGAUUAGGCAGAUGCACUGAUAUAAUCAAAAUUCAGAACCCGAAUACAUUCAGCAGGAUCCACAUUUGCAAAUUGUCAUUCACUUGCUUUUUGGCAACUGAAUAUAUAGUUUAAAUGCUAUAAUUAAUAGUAAAAAAUGCCCUCUGCAAUGCAAGGGUUAAUUUUGUGGUAGCUAGCCAGUCGCCUCAUUAAUUAUAUAUAUUUUUAAUAUAGGCUUAUGAAAGGGCCUAUGGGGGGUCAAUAAAACCCCCUUAUGACUAUAUGGGAAGUUUGAAACCUCCCUAUGCCCCUAUGUGACAGGUAUGGUGGGGGGGACACUAGGCUCCACCCCUUUCUUAAAUUAAUUAGCGCUUGCAUCUGUCGCUAAUAGUUCCCACCCCAUGGGUGGGGGCGAGUAUAUCCUAUGUCCACUACCACAUAAAAGAAAAACGUUAGAAUACAAUUCCCCUAAUUUUCUUUUAUGAAACAGCCUCCACCAGUUCAACCCCUGUUAUUUAAUUUAAAGUAUCAGGUGGGGGCAAAUGGAGUUAUCUGUGCACCUUACCCCAGUUAUUUUGCAUGCCUUCUCUCCAUGAGAUGGAACCUUUCUAUCAACUGGCCAGCAAUGGCAGUCGAUAGUUUUACCGCAUUCAGAAAAGGCAAUUCAGACUUUAGUGAAUAAUCCGCUUAUUCUAUAAUUAGUUUCACUUAUUUGUUUUUCUUUUUGGAUUAAUUUAAUUAUUUCAUUAUUUCAGGUCUUACAGGAAAAAUACUAAACGAAAUCCUGAGUGCAGGUUUUGAUAUCUCCGCAAUGCAAAUGGUAAGUUUAUAGAAAAAUCAUGUUUAAAUAAUGCAUUUAGGAUUAAGUAUAGAAAAAACCUUGCUUAUUACUAUUGCAUAUAUUAAAAUAAUAUUGUUGCUUUAUGUUUGCUGGAAAAAGCACUGAGAAGUUUGCACUUAGUAAUUUAAAGGAACACUCUAACUUUAAGAAUACAAACACGUAUUCUUACUGUUAGUGUGUUCCUUUCUAUUUAGAUUCAGGGCCACCCUUAUUUGAGUAAAAUAAAUAGUUAUUAGUACCCUUCAGUACCUGGGCACACCAGCCUUUUGCGGCUGCCGCUUCUCCCCGGCAGAGAUCAUUAUGAUCUCAGCCAAUUCAAUGAUUCUCUGUAAGGACCUUAUUUGGAGGGUGCGCAUUCCAGUUUUCCAACUUGGAAUUUUCACAGCUGGUCAUUAUGCACGCAUGUCCUGUUUGGGCCAUUUUUGAAGCCGACCAAUGUAAUUUACGCCCAUCAAACCAUAUAUUUUUUAAAGGUAGACACCCUUGGGCAGGGGUUCCCAAUGAAUUUUUCCUGUGGAUCGCUUCCAGCGCUCUAAUUCCCCGCGGACGUACCUAAAAGGACCAUUUUUUGUCGGAUGUACCUGAUACGUCUGCAGUCGGGAAGGGGUUAAGUGUCCCUUUAACAAUUUCCUUGUGUUUCCAGUUUGAAUAAAUGUAAAAUUGAAAUAGAACAUACUGUGAGAGUAGCAUACGUGGAAAAAUUGAGGAAAAUGUCCUAGCUUAAUUAACUUUCAAUAACAGGCUUUAAGUGGCACUGUCACACCAGACUUACCUUUUUCCUAUUGUUUCCUCUUCCCUUUCUCUCUCAGAAUCUGUUCUUUUUUUCUUUAUUUCUUAUCUAGUUUUCUUUAAAACAUAAGAUAAAGUAGGAACUACUUUGUCUUAUGUAUUUUCCUAUGCUUAACUGUUACCAAAGGAGGAGCUUAGGUCAGCUCCAUUUCCUGUGUCAAGGAGAAGGGUGAGUACUUUCUCUGACACAGGAAAUGGAGCUGAAUUAAGCCCCUCCUUGGGUCAGAGAAAGUCAUGCAUAGGAAAAACACACGAGGGACUACUUUGUCCUAUGUUUUAAAUAAAGAAAGAAAAGAAGAACAGUUUAUGACAAAGGAAGAGACGAGUAAGCAAUAGGAGAAAGGUAAGUUGAAUGUGCCGCUUUAAGAGGGGUGUCUUUCCCACCCCUGGAGUUUCCAUAUUUGCAGGGAUCUUCCAUUCCUUUAACUAUUCAUAAUGAAACUCUGGGCAUAUAUACCCUUAAGUUUCCUUCUUUUGCAGUCCCUGUCUGGGGACUUCAGUUUUAUUCCAGUUCGCUAUUUAAUUGCACCAUGUGCGUACUGGAUCACAGUUUAAAGACUAGAACAGUAAACCCAAGGCACACCAAAAUUUGUACAUAGAAAAAGUUUAUUCAUGUAUUAAAGUAAUAUGACCAGUAGCUUCAGCAGAAAAAAAGUGCAUACAACAGUGCAUAAUAUAAUACACAACCAAUAGUACCAAAACCAAUAAGAGUAGCAAUAACGUGCUAAUUUAUCUACACACACCCAUAAAAAAUGGUAUACUAACCAGGAGCAGGAGAACUGAAAACCCAGACGUUUUGGCCUUAAGCCUUCCUCUGGGGGACCUCUCCAGUGUGGGAAUGGAUUUUUCCCUUAAGGGCACUCAUUACCUUCUAUGCCACUUUAAGUGUCACCCACUUUCAGUUUGAGCGUUUCUUAUAAUUGUAUAUGCAAACACAGUUUAAAGAAUACCAGGAUAUUUAUAAAAAAAUACAUUACUACUUAAACUUCUGGAGAAAUUUUAUUUUUUUGUUCCCUGUUGAAUAAUUUAAAAUAUUGAUUUAAAAUAUAAAUAUUUUAUUUGAAAAGACGAAGUACCAGUGUUAGAAUAUGUCACCAUAUUUAAUCACAUCUUAACUUGACUGUAUUUCAGUUUACUAUGGAAAAGGCCAAUGCUGAAGAAUUUUUUGAAAUUUACAAAGGAGUUGUAGCUGAAUAUAAUGUAAGUAGCUCUUCGUUCUUAUUUAUCAUUUAUUUCUAUAAUGUGAAUUGUUUAGGGAUAUCUAUCUGAUUAUCCAAUAACUGAGGUAUGUGUGCAGAUCUGCAACACCCAUUCAUCCUUAGAAAGCAUCAAGCUCGGGGAGCUGAAGGUUGGUCUAAACGGAUUCUACAGGCUCUGUGCUGGUACAGCCACUGCUCCCAAAUGUCCUCAGGCCUGA